AUGGAGUUCUUGUACCCACGCCAUCUCAACCCGGGUAUGUGUGUGUGUGUGUGUGUGUGUGUGUGGAAAAUUGGUUGAUGGCAAUAACAACCCUCACAUGUGCCACAAUGUUGACAACACCCCUGCAUCACCAGUAACCGACUGCCACCCAGAGUCCUUUUUAACUGACGUCAUUUCUCCUCAUAUUGUAGUAAAAGGGGGGGAUUUACAAACGUGUGUGUGCCGGUGACCGCUGAGUUGUUGUGUGUCGUCUGUCCAGAGGCGUCGGUGAGGCCAUGAUUACAGGCCUUAAUGCUGUGUCAGCUGCUUUAUCGGUGAUGUGUUCAGAGUUCCCACUGAGCACCACCGCCAGGCCGCCACAGCCUCGUUUAACGCAGUCUAAGAGCUAGUGACACACGGUGACAUCACCACCGCAUGUGGCUCUCGUUUCAGAGCUUUCUCAAAGGGAGAGGAUAAGAAGAUGUGAAUCUGGGAAGAAAGGAGGGAGAAUAUUACCUUGCAGCUAACAAUCUUGUAUUUGAGCUGACGUUUCAAGAGCAAGCAUAUCAACUUGAGAUGAAAAUAUAGAUCAUCGACUCAAACAACCUACCUUUCAACUUUGUGAUGGACGGGGGAAUCUAAAGGCGUCCGCACGCUUCCCAGCCGAAACAGUUCGAUAGAGUUCAUGCAUAUAUUAUGACGAUAUUUAGUGACGUUUCUUUGUUAGUUUUGGACUUCGGUGAGGGGUCUUUUGGCAGUUCGGGCACACACAUUUUUUUCUGGAGUCAAGCCGAAGUUUGGAGCUGAAGUCUACGCCCCUUUGUUUGGUGAUUGGUCAACAGUAGGGAUUCUUCAGUAAAGUCUUUGUCAAACAGAGAGAGGGACAGGAAGAGAGAUAGAGAGGUGGAGAGAAAGAGAGAGAGUUAUACAAUGUGUUGGUAACUCAAGUUUAGUGAGUCUAAGGUAUUUUGCCAGUGCAUGUGUGUAAAGUGUGUGUGUGUGUGUGUGUGUGUGUGUGUGUGUGUGUGUGUGUGGUGUGUGUGUGUGUGUGUGUGUGUGUGUGUGUGUGUGUGUGUGUGUGUGUGUGUGUGUGUGUGUGUGUGUGUGUGUGUGUGUGUGUGUGUGUGUGUGUAUGUGUAUGUUAGACACACUGGGGCUCCAGGGGAAGAUAAGUCAGCCAGAGUAGCUGGGGAGGCACAUAGCUGAAGGGUGACCUCACCUGAGAGGCAAGGAGCUUCAACCCUGUCAGAGAGCAGACACAUACACUCAACAUAUAUUACUACAGGCCUGCACUCUCUCUCUCUUUCUCUCUCUCUCUCUCUCUCUCUCUCUCUCUCUCUCUCUCUCUCUCUCUCUCUCUCUCUCUAUCUCUCGCACACACACACACCCUGGUGAUGGGUGCUUCCAGAACACACCCUAGUAUCAGGCCGCCAGUGUGUUAGCUCAUCCCAGCUGGGCUAGGAAACACAGUCCAGAGCAGUCCAGCACCAGAGCUAACAGGCGACUGGAAGACACACUUCCUUUCUCUAGCAGUAGAUAGUACAUUUGAAAAUGGCAUUCAUCUGAUCGACAUUAGUUCACAGUAACCUCCUCUUGUUAUCUGUUCUUUGAUGUGUUAAUACCUGCAUUGACAUACAAGCGUGCCUCACAUGUUGUCACUGUCUCAACAGGGUCUGCUGUUGGUGGUGGUCUGGGUCUCUUCCUGCCUCAUAGACUUACUGUACGGCUUAUUGUGACUGAAUAAGUAUUCCACUACGUUCUAUCAGCAGUCUAGCUCUCCCACGUCUACCUCAAUACCAGCCAGAGAGACAAUAACAUGCCACCUUAUAGGCUCAACACUAAAAGGUUAUGAGGGAAGAAGAAAUCAGGCUGCGUUUGCUCAGUGCUGGUCCAUGAUGUCAUGCAGGCCACAUUCCAACUUCAGAUACACUACAUGACCAAAAGUAUGCUCGUCGAACAUCUCAUUCCAAAAUCAUGGGUAUUAAUAUGGAGUUGGUCCCCCCUUUGCUGCUAUAACAGCCUCCACUCUUCUGGGUCCUCUGCAGCUCAAUUGGUAGAGCAUGGCGCUUGUAACGCCAGGGUAGUGGGUUCGAUCCCCGGGACCACCCAUAUGUAAAAAUGUAUGCACACAUGACUGUAAGUCGCUUUGGAUAAAAGCGUCUGCUAAAUGGCAUAUUAUUAUUAUAUUAUUUCCGCUAGAACAUUGCUGCGGGGACUUGCUUCCAUUCAGCCACAAGAGCAUUAGUGAGGUCGGGUACUGAUGAUGGGCGAUUAGGCCUGGCUGGCAGUAGGCGUUCCAAUUCAUCCCAAAGGUGUUCGAUUGAAUUGAGGUCAAGGCUCUGUACAGGCCAGUCAAGUUCUUCCACACCGAUCUCGACAAACCAUUUCUUAAUGGACCUCGCUUUGUGCACAGGAGCAUUGUCAUGCUGAAACAGGAAAGGGCCUUCCCCAAACUGUUGCCACAAAGUUGGAAGCACAGAAUUGUCUAGAAUGUCAUUGUAUGCUGUAGCAUUAAGAAUUCCCUUCACUGGAACUAAGGGGCCUAGCCCCAACCAUGAAAAACAGCCCCAGACCAUUAUUUCUCCUCCACCAAACUUUACAGUUGGCACUAUGCAUUGGGGCAGGUAGCGUUCUCCUGGCAUCCGCCAAACCCAGAUUUGUGCGUCGGACUUCCAGAUGGUGAAGCGUCAUUCAUCACUCCAGAGAACGCGUUUUCACUGCUCCAGAGUCCAAUGGCCGCGAGCUUUACACCACUCCAGCCGACGCUUGGCAUUGCGCAUGGUGAUCUUAGGCUUGUGUGCGGCUGCUCGGCCAUAUACUUUUGUAUAUAUAUUGUAUGAUCACGUGGCUUGGAAUUUCAUACAAAUCAUGUGUUGAUGUCUUUGAGAGAUAUGUGUUAAGAGAAAUAUGUUUCAGUUAAGCCUGCCCAUCUUAAUUAAUAAUUGAACCUCAACAUAGCUGUGAGGUUAAUGGACUGGAAUAGAUGGAAAGCCUACAGUUAGCGUCGAAUGCCUGAGAAUGAUUCCCUCUGCUGAUUUGCCCAUUGCAGUAUUUUCCUUGGAGGAUAGAUAACGCUGUGCAGCAUGGUUUUGACAUGUCAAAAAUAAAUCUCACCCCGCAGCCUUCAAAGGUAGGACACAUUCCAGCGAGUAGUAAAUUCACAAGACAACUAAACAUGAUAAUGUCCUGGGAAAGGCUGUACUUAUCGGUUCAAUAUGCAGAAAAUAAAGCAUACCAGCAAUAGCUCAUACUGCGCACGCGUUUUUAAAGUUCAUUUUACAUUACAUUUUAGUCAUUUAGCAGACGGUCUUAUCUAGAGCCUUAAGUGUCUUUCUCAAGGGCACAUCGACAGAUUUUUCAGCUAGUCGGCUCUGGGAAAUAUUCACUAUAGAAUGCCUUUCUAGAACUGAAAACCUCUGCUUGUGUACUGCGAGGAAAUACAUCACCAUGCACCAAUGUACUGUGUAAUCAACCAUGCCUAUAACCAUGCUUAUAAACAUGAAUGAGCCUACCAUGUCUAGCAAUGGAUAUACUGUACAUAGUGACCAAUAACAACCACCUAGACACACAAUCAAGAGAGCUGAGAGAGAAUGUUGUCUUUGGGAUACUCAUCUCAACACUCUGUCACCCACACUGAGUUUGUUCAGGCUAUUUCAGGCCACAGGAAAACAACCAACAGCCAGCAGCAACUCCUCUUAAGCCAAUUUAGAGAGAGAAAGAGUUUCAGUAAAGAGUCAAAUGAACACCCCCCGCCUCCCAACCAGCCCCCCUCCAAAUCUCACCUCCCCCUUCCCUCACUAAAAGCCACAUCCAACAAAGCUGCCUGCCACCGCACCCAAGAGGAGGAAAUGCCAGAGCCAUCUGAAGUGAAGCAUAACAGCACAAAUGUUCACAUCCAGCCAGGAGCACCAGACAGGCCAGAGAGAAGCCCCUAAUGACAGGAAGUUGUAAGAACAAUAGAUGCAUGGGAUAUAGGCAUGUCUUGCCCUCUGUCAUGUAGCCUUGGCGAUGACCCAGUGGAGGGGGAGGCAGGGGGUGGCUGGAGCGGUAGGCGGGGUGGGAGGGUGGGGGGGGGGGGGGGGGGGGGGGGGGGGGUUGUAGGUGGGCUCCCGUGGAGGUUUAGCCUUUUAAGGAGCGAUGCAGUGAGAUCGACUGCAGAGGUGGCAGAGGUGAAUAGGAGUUUGUGGUAGCACUACUGUUCAUGCAGCAAAGAGAGUAAAGACAGAGUAAAGAGCGUGUAGAGAGUGCCUUAAGGCGAUUGACAGGGCCGGUUCCAGGCAUAAUCAUAACUACCUUAAGCGGUAUAUAUUUAUUUAUUUUGUGGGGGGGGGGGACUCAGUCGGGGUCUCAACUUACUAUUAAGAGUAAGAAUAGUAGAAUACACCAGGUGCAAUUUAUACAUUUGGUUGUGCAUCAGCAGUUUUUCUCUUGUUAUGUCAGUCACUGACAGUCACUCAAUUAGCCAUGUCAGCAAACAGUUUUUAGAUUGGUAAGUUAGUCUAGCCAGCUAUCUAAAUUUGUAGUAAUCAUGGCCGAAUAUCGACCGGGCACGCAGGGCACGUGCCCAGAGGGACCAAUUCUCCAAUUCUCACUCAGAUAUCAUAUUAACAUGGCAAAAAUAACUCUCCACCCCAUAAUGGUCUUUGCCCCAUGGCAAAAUUAGUAGAAAUGUGUUAUAAUAAAAAGUUUUCUCUCCACCCCAUGGCAAAGUGUGUAAAAUUGCAGAAAACAUGCUUCAAUGGUCCAAUGCAGCCGUUUUUAUUUCAAUAUCAAAUACAUUCUGGGUAACAAUUAAGUUCCUUCCUGUGAUUGUUUAGAAUUACACAAUUGUAAAAAAUAAACAACAAAUAACUUCUUAGCAAAGAUCAAUUUUUCAAGCAAGAAUUUUGCUAGGACUGUCUGUGAGUGGUCUGCGUGGGGAGGGGAAAACUACACAUUUUCUCUCACUGGCAGAGAGGUUUGGAACUCUACUUCUUGGUCUAUUAAGUAAUUUACUGCAUGGUGAUAUCACCAAGGAUAGCCAAAACUCCAUCCCACCAAAACAGGUAGAGAUUUCAGGUGGUCUUUUCAAACAGCUCUUACACUAAAAGGGCAUUAUCAUCACAUUCGUAAUUUCACUGUAUUAUUUCAGGCUCAUAAUAUAUACUGUAAAACACAGGAUAAUCUAGUUUUUGACUGCACUGGGCCUUUAAAACGGCAACAUUUUAUCUACUCCUCAUUGCAAAAUGUGUAGAAUUGCAGGAAAUUAACAUUCAAACUUCAAUUAUUCUCUCCACCGUCAAGAGGGGGGCCACUAAAAUGUUUUGCCGCGAGGUGGGGGGCCCCCCAACCAAAUCUCGCUUAGGGUCCCCAAAAGCCUAGAGCCGGCCAUGGCGAUUGGACAAAAAAAGAGGAAGAUGGAGAAAGCAUGGUUCUGUAAUUUUUCCUUUAAGGUAGUUACGGUUAUGGUUUGAUAUGCCAGAAAGACACUGAGUCUGUGUGAGUCUGAUGAGCAGAUAUUCACUGAGGCUUAGUCACUCUCUGUUUGUCCACUGAAUCUCUGAAGAUCUAAGGGGAAACUCUGGAUUGACACACCAGACACAAAAAUACUAUCUAUCAAAUGACACAUCUGCACUGAAUUAUCACAAAAUUACCAUUUAAAAAAUGCUGAGAAACUUUCCGAAACACAGGUCAAUGCAUACCCCCUCCCCUAACCGGCACUCAAAUACCAGAGAACUGAGUCUGAAAAUGUGUGUGUGUGUGUGUGUGUGUGUGUGUGUGUGUGUGUGUGUGUGUGUGUGUGUGUGUGUGUGUGUGUGUGUGUGUGUGUGUGUGUGUGUGUGUGUGUGUGUGUGUGUGUGUGUGUGUGUGUGUGUGUGUGUGUGUGUGUGUGUGUGUGUGUGUGUGUGUGACGCGUGUCCACCCGCGUGUAAAGUGUGUGUGGCACUGGGCAUGCAUUGUCCAGACCCCCAGCUGUUCUCGAACUCAAAAAAAGGCCCCUGUACUUUUUUUUUUUUUUUACAUGCUGACUGCCUCAGUUGCAGUUCCCAUGAAAUGUGUCCCUCUGUUCCUCAAGGGUCUCGAUGGAGAUGGCCCUCACUGUAAAUGGCUUCUCUGGGGGCUUCCAAGGGCUGCUUGGGGCCUACUCAAGGGGCUGUGGGGACAAAGAGAGAGUGACAGCUCCAUAGCUGCCCCCCCCGCCCCCCUCACCCCCAUGCCCCCUCUAAAUCUCAGCAGCAGCACCACCACUCCUUCACUGGCGCUCCUCACACUGACAUUCGCCCCUCCCUCCCAGUGCCAAUAUAAAGUGGUGUGUUUUCCUGAGGCUUGUCAUGAACCUGACAUGAGCCUGGGGCAACCUUCUUCUUUCACUGUGUAACUCGUCAAUGUGCAUGUGCAUCUUGUCACUCAAAUGGCGAGGGGCUGAAGCUCAUUGGCUGGAACUCGAAUUGCUAGGGGCUGGCCCAGCGGGCCAAGCUUACAGUCCUCAAAAUGGUGCCACAAAACAUCCAGAAAACAAUCACUUUCAAACUAGGGAUUUUGUGGAUAAUUGAGGUAAGACAGUAAUUCUGCUCAUAUAUUAUGCAUGUAUGAACUACACAUUGACACAAAGUGGGAGGAUAAAAAAAUACUUACCCCUAGUCACCAAAGUUCCAGAAUGUCUCUUUAAGGCAAGUUAAAGCUAGAAUCCUUAGUUGCUACAUUCAUUUUUGGAUUUAUAAAUUAAUGAUACAGUAUAUACCCAUUGAUUCUUGAAGAAUAUAACUUAUAAAUGCCUCAUGAGCUUAUUUCAACUGUCAUACUCCAUCAGAACCCACAAAACAAGCUUGUUUUACUGCAAUGUUUAUAAACAAUGUAAAUGUAAACAAACACUGUUUAGCCUCAAAACAUGGUUAAAACUAUAAUUUUGAUAUCAUGGAUGGUCAGUCCUUGCAUCUAUAGCUCUGUCUAUGAAUUUGAGAGUGGUUACAUUUCUCCAGGUCCAUCCCUCAGCUUUAUACCAAAACAGAGGCGGGGUGUCAGCUUUAUUAUUGUUUCAAUUAAGGAUACUAGGUUUAAUUAUAAAAAAUACAUCAUUUCCACAAUUCCACCUUAUUAUUAAAGUAUGGAAUGGAGGUGAAGAGAAUGCUGUGUGCAGUGGUGAUUUUAGCAUGUAAAUCUUGGUGGGGCAAACCCCCAAAAAUUGGGGGGGAUGCAUGCCAGCAAAGCCACUACACAACACAACACUAAACAAUACAUUAAUUGCACUAUAACGGUGACAAAUGGUGCCCACAAACUGUUAGGGCCUACAUAAAGCUGUCCCAACAGCAGAGUCCCAACAGCAGUCCCAACACCUUACCACUGCUACACCUGGCUAUCAGCGGAGCCUUGUCUGGCAGCGAAACAGUUCAUUCAGCCUCAUUUACAGCCUUUUAAAAAAACAUAGCUGAUAUGGCUGACUUGCUUAAACAAAUGUGGCUUCUACUGACAAUUGAGAUGUACAAACUAUGGCAUAAGGGGACGACGAGCGGAUAAGAGGCAAUCCGUAAUUUUGAUUAAGACAUUAAUGAGCGAGCUAGGAUGGACAUAGUAAAUAUAACUAUUUGUUCAGCACUUUUGAAAUGUACAGCGACAGAAUUCAGAACAUGGGCCGUUCUUACAGUGUUCUUCCUGUACACCAAGUCAGAACCGUAGGAUAAAUAAAGGGGGCAUAUAAGCAGACAAUGAAAGCUCUUACAAUAUUCGAUCAUUACAUUUCUCUAAAACAGGUUAUAGGCUACAUGUGCACCACCAAGUCAGAACAGUAGGCACAAUUAAUAGGGGAAAAUAUACCAAAUUAUUAGGGUGAGGCACAUGGGCUACAAACAGCUUACUACACAACAUACACUUAGUAUUACUUUCUUAGCUAUAUCUCCCUGGCAUAUUACAUCAUUUAUGCAGCAGCAUACAAUACAUUUUUGGAUUCACCUUGUUGUGCUGUGCUCACUUGAACAGGAAGGUGGCGCGCCGGUCCUUCAUGGGCACAUUUUGUCAUCAAAGUCUGGCAUUGUCUGAAUUUAUGGUGCUUUCAAGACAACUGGGAACUCGGGGAAAAAAACUGGUUGAAUCAUGAUGAGGUCAGUGAUCUUCAGGUCGUAGCUCUAGAAAGAGGCCCGAGAUCCCGAUUUACAAUUCCGAGUUGGAUGACCGUUCAAAACUGAUUUUCCCAGUCGGAGCUCGUUUUUUCCCGAGUUCCCAGUUGUCUUGAACUCACUGAAGUCAGAUUUCCCAGUUCCGAGUUAACAGUUGUUUUGAGUUCGGGAGAAAUCAUGAUGGAUUGACAGCAUGGCCAGUGUUGAAUGUUUAUCCCUUAAACCCAGAAUUGGGACCCCACACCCACUCCACUGAAUAGCAGGCUAGUGAUUGCUUUGCAAUGCUUGCAGUUAGCCACUGAUUCCUUCCAAACCACUCAUUGUUGAAUUUGCGAUUUCCAACUUGUUGUGUAAUGUUUAUCUCCAAUGGCCGAUGAGCACCGAUACGUUGUAUCUAUAAUUUCUAUUCAUUAUUUAUCUUCAUAUGACAAGGAUUAAAAAGGAUUUGCCAUUAGAUUGUCGACUUGAUUCAUGAUGAUGACUGCUAGCUAAGAUUUUGAAAGUAUGAUGUUGACAUGAUCAGUCCAAUCAAAGCUACUGUAGAUAUUAUGUGAUUUGAUGUCAUUUUAUUUGUGGCCAAUGACGUUGAGCCUUCUUGGAUGGGCACUUCUAAUGUAAUUCUAUGGCAGCACCCAAGGGGCUUGAAUUUUCGAGCUCUACCCUUAGAUUUGGCAGUGAUGUAGUGUCCCCAUGAGUGACAGAACACUGAGCCAAUCACAGCGUAACUAGAGAACAUUAGGUAUUAAUGCAAAAAUAACAUGCAAAACAGGCAACCCACAAAUAUUAUUUCUUGAUUUAUUUUAGCUAAAAAUGUGGGGCUCAAAACAGUUGGGGCUCACCUACCCUGAAUGACAGGUCGCCACUGGGUGUGUAUAGUUGAAGUGGGGACCAGAACCAGCUAGAAUAUAUCUGAGCUUUCCCCGAACUUGUCUGGAGGAGGUGGAGCUUUUGGUGAAAACGUAUUUCCAUCUCACUGCUGAAAGUCUGCAACAGCCUCAACAACCCAGUGUGUGUGUGUGCAGCCUGCAUAGCUUGCUGGCGGACUGUCACCUUCUUCUCCACUUGAUACUUCCACUACUUUGCAUGAGAUAAGCCUACUUACUAAUCGUUCUCCCGGCCGUGAACGCGCGUAAGUGUUUCGGUGUGGCCGUGUUACGUUUCUAGUACGUUUCUAGUGUGACUAGAGAAGUGAAGAAAUCUUCGGGAGUGGAUUGUAGAAAACUUUACUAUCACUAUGCGAGCGAUUAACCUCGAUACCUAUAGCCUGUCACUGCUCACGGCCAAAGAGGACAUUCUCAACCCCCGCUCAUCAACCAACUGGUAGGCUUAAAGCUACUUAUUUGCUCUUAAGUGCCUGAAUGUAGUUGCAAGCUCAAGUUAGUGAGUAUACAAAUAAUUGCUAUUUUUAGGUUUUAAUCUCACUUUUAAGUCUCAUAAGAAAGUUUCUAAAUAAUAGUUUGACAGUUCCUUACAUAAAUAUCCGGUUACAUUAAGCACUGCGUUAACGGUCCGUGCAUUUGGAUCUUGUUUUCGCGUUUAUAAGAGGAGAAGGUGUUGUGUAAUUCAAGCUUGAUUUGAUUGGUUCCAGGAGUGGAAAGAUUAUGGCGGUAGUCAAAGUAUAACAGAAAACGGUGCUCUAGGUCUAGAUAUAGGCUAUGUAUAGUGCCAGACUGGCAGUGAUAGUCAGGGCAAUUCAGGUGGCACAGUUACGCCUCGAUCACACCGAUAGUGUUAUUGCAUUUUGGUACACCAGAAGUACAUUCAUUUACAAUGGAACGCUGUGUUUGCCUUGCAACAUUGCAUUGCAAAGGCAGUGUAGUUGAGGUGCGUUCUGUGUUGGAUUUAUCGAACGUAGGCAUCACAUUUUAUGCGUUGACAGCUUGACAGAAAUUGUAGCAAAAGGUGAAUGUUUAACUUUUGUUGCACACAUAUCCAGAUGAUGCUGUGUACCAUUUUGCUCAAAAAAUACUGUAGGUAUGAUGGAGGCGUUAGUGCAGGUAGUCUGCAGAGUGUCUUUACCAUAAAACCAAUGAAGGAUGUUAGUGCGCGUGCCAAACUGUUGGCUACCUGUGUGGCGUGCAUGGCUCGCCUCUAGCACCUGGCAGGCGCUCUGCCGGCCUCGGGUGUAGUGACCCGGCUAUUCUCCCCAGGGCUCUUUGACUUUAUUAUUUGUGCUCAGCGCACAGCUCGGGUGUCUGCCUACAUGGCGAUCUUUGAGAUGGAUUGUAAUUCAACACAGAGAGGUUAUCAAAAUUGGACUAACCACGCACCCACAGACACACACACGAACAGCAUUGAUGCCUAGAAUAACAUGCAUUGUACUGGAGAAUAAAUAGCCUAUUCAUUUCCCCUCCUGAAUUCCAUUGGUAGGCUAAUAUUUGCAAAUCCACUUUAAUGGACCAAUUUUCCUGCCUUUGAUCCCAUAGCCGCAGGAUGUAGGGGUGCUGAGGGUGCACCCCCUUAAAAAUCAGAAUAAAAUAAAUGCAAAAUACAAAAGUAGUGCACUGGGCCUUUACUAGUCCUGUAUUAGGGACCAAUAUAGCCUUCUUAGCCAUCUGUAGCGCAGGCAAACAAAAAACUAUGUUUGAACCCUGUGGUGAUAGCUCAGAGACACAUAUUUAGGACACCUUCAAUUAUGCUCAAUUAGUGCCCUGUUUCUUUGAUGAACUUUUGAAUGUGGGUGAUCUCUCUGUUAUGUUGACAUGAUCCCACAUAAUUAUAGAUAAUAGAGAUAUGUCGCCAUGGUGAUGUCAUCAUGAUUUGUGGGGUCUGCUUUGUGGCUUACCACCCAUCUAUCACCCAUCCAAGGUUAUGUAGCUUAGUGGCUGUAUUUUUCAACAAACUGUUAUAGGUCGUAUGAUGUUGAAGAUCAUAGAAAAUAUGUUGAUGAUUCAUGAAUGCGUAAUAACUGCUCUAUAGAUUCAAAAACUUAUUGAAACUACUUAAAAAGUUAUCCAUAUUACAGUCUGGACAGUCUCAACCGACGUAAGAAUGCUUUCUCAAACAUUGAACUAAGAAAAAAUCCCUCCAACAAAGAGUAGGCUGACAGAGAAAUGUAGACGAGCAGGGGUACGUCGUGUCAUUGCCAAGUACCUCAACUCUACGAUGAUUUCAUCCACGGAGUUGGGCGCAGACUAGAGUUUUUGAAAUGAUGCUUGGCAGCUCCUUCGUCAUGGUGACUUGGCUGCCAACUCCGUCAUUGGCUGCCAAGCUAUCCCUACAGUAACUGGGCUGCUACCAUGACUGUGCUGUGUCCACGUACUUGUCUCUACUGAUGACACAUACUGGCUUUAGUGGAUUGUAGCAGGGCCCGAACCUAAUUGUUUGCUCAUGUGGAUGAGAGCCCAAUUACUACAAAUGUAGUACAAGUGUCUCGCUGUAUUUCACGUUUCUCAAUCUCAAUCCUCUGUCUGUCUGUCUGUCUGUCUGUCUGUCUGUCUGUCUGUCUGUCUGUCUGUCUGUCUGUCUGUCUGUCUGUCUGUCUGUCUGUCUGUCUGUCUGUCUGUCUGUCUGUCUGUCUGUCUGUCUGUCUGUCUGUCUGUCUGUCUGUCUCUCUUCCUCCCUCUCCUCUCUCUCCCCCCUUAUUGUUUUCUCAUUCCUGAGUUGAGCAUCAGUGUAAAUCAAUAGGCCAUAGUGCUCCCUCAGCAUUAGUUAUUGUGAUCACCAAAGUAGAGCAUGCUGGGAGCUAAGAGAUGCCAGUGAGGCCUGAGUUAGUCCUGUGUGUGAGUCUUACCAAACACUCAGUGAAUAACUCUCUCUCUCUCUCUCUCUCUCUCUCUCUCUCUCUCUCUCUCUCUCACACACUAACACACUCACACACACACACACACACACACACACACACACACACACACACACACACACACACACAGCACACAGAGAGGAAACCCACUCUGAAAGGCUGAACAACACUGGACUGAAUUGAGAAGGGGGCGUAAUAAUGACAUCAUAAUUCCUGUGUGUGUGUAGAGAGACCGAGAAGGGGGAGUGUGAGUUGGGGAAAGGGUUGUUUUGUAGCAUGAUCCUCACACCCCCACCAUAUUGGUCUUGAGGUCCCCACUGUGUAUUAUCUAAUGACCUUGUGUUGUGAAUAGGAAACAGCCUCUGUAUGGGAAGGCACCUAAGAAUAGGGGAGGCUGCCUAUUCAACAACACAGCUCCGGAGGUCUCUCGUUGUUCCCUUUAACGACUGCAGACUCUAGACUGCUUCACACAGAACCUCCAAACUGGUGUGUGUGGUGUGUGUUAUUUGUGUGUGUGUCAAUGUAUGAAGCAGUAGUCGAAAUUACAUCAACAUACACCCUACUACUGUAACUUUGUAAAACAGACACUUACUCUAAGUCCAAAGAGACAUAUAUGGCGAUGUACAAGGCUGUAAAUGGAAAUUGUUGAAGUAAGCUUUCUCAUGCACACGAUUAGCUCACACGCUUCUGCAUUCUGCUUUGUAACCCUCAUAAAAGUACAGCUACAGCUUAUUUUAGCUACAGAGGGCUGAAAAAUUCCCCUUUCUCACUUUUCAUGACUCCAUAAAAUACCUCAGUCAGUAGCCAUGCUCCUAAUGCUGAUCAAAGGCAGACACACUUUAAUUUACUUUCCAUCCAAAAGAACUGGGCACGGUGUAGACUUAAGGAAUGUUUCUGCAAGAAUUUCACGAUCGAAAUAUAGUUUCUCUGCCGUAGUUUUUGGGUGUACUCUGUCAGGCAGACAGCAUAUAUAGGCAGCAGUGUUGUAGGCCUACCAAAUAGACAGAGUAUUGUUGUACCAAUCCAGUAGAACUAGGGUUGCAAAGCUACCGGUAAUUUACCAAAGUUACCAGAAUCUUCAAUAGUUUAGGUAAUUAACAGAAAAUCUAUGCCAAUCUAUUGUAACUUUAGUAAUUUAUACUUGAAUAACUUUUUUUAAAUGGUAUUCAAAACAUUGACAACAAAUACAGUGCCUUCAGAAAGUAUUCACACCCCUUGACCUUUUACACAUUUUGUUAUGUUACAAAGUGGGAUUCAAAUGUUUUUAAAUGUCCUGUUUUGUCAACAAUCCACAACAAUGUCAAAGUGGAAGAAAGACAUUUGACGAUUCUAAAAACAAUAUAUGAAAAAUGAAAUACUAAUAUAUCUUGCUUAGAUAAGUAUUCAACCCCCUGAGUCGAUACAUGUUAGAAUCACCUUUGGUAGCGAUUACAGCUGUGAGUGUUUUUGAGUAAGUCUCUAAGAGCUUUGCAUACCUGGGUUGUACAAUAUUUGCCCAUUAUCCUUUAAAAAAUUCUUCAAGCUCUGUCAUGUUGGUUGUUGAUCAUUGCUAGACAGCCAUUUUCAAGUCUUGCCAUAUAUUUUCAAAACUGUAACUAGGCCACUCAGGAACAUUCAAUGUCGUCUUUAUAAGCAACUCCAGUGUAUAUUUGUCCUUGUUUUUUAGGUUAUUGUCCUUCCUGCUGAAAGGUGCAUUUUGUCUCCCAGUGUCUGUUGGACAGCAGACUGGACCAGUUUUUCCUCUAGGAUUUUACCUGUGCUUAGCUCUAUUACGUUUAUUUUUAUCCUAAAUAACUCCCCAGUCCUUGCCGAUGACAAGCAUACCCAUAACACGAUGCAGACACCACCAUGCUUGAAAAUAUGAAGAGUGGUACUCAGUGAUGUGUUAUGUUGGAUUUGCCCAAAUUAUAUUCAGGACAAAAAGUUAAUUUCUUUUCAAUUUCUUUUGCAGUAUUACUUUAGUGCCUUAUUACAAACAGGAUGCAUGUUUUGGAAUAUAUUUAUUCUGUACAGGCUUCCUUCUUUUCACCCUGUCAUUUAGGUUAGUAUUGUGGAGUAUUUACAAUGUUGUUGAUUAGGGCUGACCAAUAGUCAAUAGGCUGUUGGUCGACCGAGAUUUCUUUAGUCGAGCAAUAGCAAACAAUACAUAUAAUUUCAUGGUGUACAAGAGAAUUGUCUGAUUUGCACCUGUCUGAGUGGACUAAUCCAUUGUGGAGGCCGUGGGGAUGGCACAGUCCAUCACGAAGACAUGUGCUACUGAAAUUGUAUAUGGUUAUAUUACAUAAGAACAAUGGUGUGCAACAUUAAUAACAAAUAAUAUUAUUUUAUAACAAAUGCACUUUCUCGCAUUGGAUAGUGGUCGCUGUCCACACCUUUUCCUAGACCAUGUUGCUAUGUGCAUUAUAGCAAAGUUAACCAGCUGAUUGGUGUCGAGAAGAAUGUGGCGGAGGCAGCAGCGGAGUUAGGAGACGAGAAAACAGCACUUGCCUUAAUUUUCUAAGAAAAGUGAGGAGAGAGGAUACGCUAACUUAAUUAGGUCUAUAAUCAAUAGCGUAACUCUUAAAUGUGCCUGGCUUCAUACUGUAAAUCAUCCAUAUAUAUCUACAGAAAUAAGACAGAUCCUGCUUCUGUUUGAGUGUUUGUUUAAUAGCCUACUGAUUCCGUGAGCACCAAGCCUUAUAACCACAACAUGUGGGAUAAACAAUUUCACAAAUGUAGCUGUUUUUCUGUUCAUUAGAACAGCCUCUCUGGUAUACUUAUAAUUUAUUUAGUGUUGUUUACACUCUACCAAAUUGUCAGAAAAAUUAUAUCAAUAAUAAUAACCCAAUUUUUUCUUGAUCUUCUUGUUAUUGUUACUAUAAUUAUUAUGAUCAUCAUGAUAAUAAUAAUAAGUCAUAUCGUUAUCAUUAGUAGGCUUAGUAUAGCAGCCUGUAGGCCAAAGAGCACAUACUGUUUAGUCUUAAUACCGUAACUUAUUUAGGCCUAUAUUUCAAUACUUACACUACCAGUCAAAAGUUUGGACACACCUACUCAUUCAAGGGUUUUUCUUUAUUUUUAAAUUUGUUUACAUUGUAAAAUAAUAGUGAAGACAUCAAAACUAUGAAAACACAUAUGGAGUCAUGCAGUAACCAAAAAAGUGUUAAACAAAUCAAAAUAUAUGUUAUAUUUCAGAUUCUUCAAAGUAAAAACCAUUUGCCUUGAUGACAGCUUUGCACACUCUUGGUAUUCUCUCAACCAGCUUAAUAAAUAAUAAAGUGACCCUUGCAUAAUUAGCGUAAACAAUAAAUAAACUGUUCCAUGUCAGAAAUUGCAUUCAUGAAUGAAUGUGACUGUUUAUUUAAGUAAGCAUUGCAGCAGACUCUCUGGUACGCUUAGAAUUUAUUUAGUGCUGUGUACAUUGUUUUAUUGAUGUGAUUAUGAUAUACUAUAGGUCAGGCCCCAUUGGUCACGUGCAUGCGAUGCAUACAUGUGUCACGUAAAGAGAGCAAGGGUUGAGGUAAUAGGACUGUUUUUCCUAAACAAAUGAGGGAUAACAUAACUUUUCAGUCAGAAAUUGCUGUAAUUACAUGUUGCAGCUUCAGCAACAUGGACAGUGCGAUUAACACUGUUGAUAUUCUGUGGUGGUCGCUGUAGCAUGGAGGAAAGAGAGACAACGGCUGCUAGUCACACAGUCACUCGCUGUCAUUGUUUUUAACACAGUGCAGCAAGUCUGAGCACAAUCAAAUAAAUUGCUGUCAGACUCCCUCUAGUCAUUUGUGUGUCUUAAUUAUUUAAUCAAACAGUGCGCUUAAAGCAUCAAACAUGCUCAGUGCAUAUAGUUGAUUUGAUUAAAACACAUAGGAUGUGUCUACAGUGGGGAGAACAAGUAUUUGAUACACUGCCGAUUUUGCAGGUUUUCCUACUUACAAAGCAUGUAGAGGUCCAGAAAAAUCCAGAAAAUCCAAAAAUCCAGAAAAUUACAUUGUAUGAUUUUUAAGUAAUUAAUUUGCAUUUUAUUGCAUGACAUAAGUAUUUGAUCCCCUACCAACCAGUAAGAAUUCCGGCUCUCAGAGACCUGUUAGUUUUUCUUUAAGAAACCCUCCUGUUCUCCACUCAUUACCUGUAUUAACUGCACCUGUUUGAACUCAUUACCUGUAUAAAAGACACCUGUCCACACACUCAAUCAAACAGACUCCAACCUCUCCACAAUGGCCAAGACCAGAGAGCUGUGUAAGGACAUCAGGGAUAAGAUUGUAGACCUGCACAAGGCUGGGAUGGGCUACAGUACAAUAGGCAAGCAGCUUGGUGAGAAGGCAACAACUGUUGGCGCAAUUAUUAGAAAAUGGAAGAAGUUCAAGAUGACGGUCAAUCACCCUCGGUCUGGGGCUCCAUGCAAGAUCUCACCUCGUGGGGCAUCAAUGAUCGUGAGGAAGGUGAGGGAUCAGCCCAGAACUACACGGCAGGACCUGGUCAAUGACCUGAAGAGAGCUGGGACCACAGUCUCAAAGAAAACCAUUAGUAACACACUACGUCGUCAUGGAUUAAAAUCCUGCAGCGCACGCAAGGUCCCCCUGCUCAAACCAGCGCAUGUCCAGGCCCGUCUGAAGUUUGCCAAUGACCAUCUGGAUGAUCCAGAGGAGGAAUGGGAGAAGGUCAUGUGGUCUGAUGAGACAAAAAUAGAGCUUUUUGGUCUAAACUCCACUCGCCGUGUUUGGAGGAAGAAGAAGGAUGAGUACAACACCAAGAACACCAUCCCAACCGUGAAGCAUGGAGGUGGAAACAUCAUUCUUUGGGGAUGCUUUUCUGCAAAGGGGACAGGACGACUGCACCGUAUUGAGGGGAGGAUGGAUGGGGCCAUGUAUCGCGAGAUCUUGGCCAACAACCUCCUUCCCUCAGUAAGAGCAUUGAAGAUGGGUCGUGGCUGGGUCUUCCAGCAUGACAAUGACAAGAAACGCACAGCCAGGGCAACUAAGGAGUGGCUCCGUAAGAAGCAUCUCAAGGUCCUGGAGUCUCCAGACCUGAACCCAAUAUAAAAUCUUUGGAGGGAGCUGAAAGUCCGUAUUGCCCAGCGACAGCCCCGAAACCUGAAGGAUCUGGAGAAGGUCUGUAUGGAGGAGUGGGCCAAAAUCCCUGCUGCAGUGUGUGCAAACCUGGUCAAGACCUACAGGAAACUUAUGAUCUCUGUAAUUGCAAACAAAGGUUUCUGUACCAAAUAUUAAGUUCUGCUUUUCUGAUGUAUCAAAUACGUAUAGUCAUUCAAUAAAAUGCAAAUUAAUUACUUAAAAAUCAUACAAUGUGAUUUUCUGGAUUUUUGUUCUAGAUUCCGUCUCUCACAGUUGAAGUGUACCUAUGAUAAAAAUUACAGAACUCUACAUGCUUUGUAAGUAGGAAUACCUGCAAAAUCGGCAGUGUAUCAAAUACUUGUUCUCCCCACUUUAUAUAUGGAAAAAUCUAUUGGUUGAUGAAGAUUUUCGGUAGACCAAGAUUUUCUUGUUGUUGGGGAGAGCCCUAUUAUUGAUCCAUCCUCCGUUUUUUCCUAUCACAGCCAUUAAACUCUGUAACUGUUUUAAAUUCACCAUUGGCCCCAUGGGGAAAUCCCUGAGCAGUUUCCUUCCUCUCCAGCAACUGAGUUAGGAAGGACGCCUGUAUCUUUGUAGUGACUGAGUGUAUUGAUACACCAUCCAAAGCGUAAUUGAUAACUUCACCAUGCUCAAAGGGAUAUUCAGUCUGCUUUUUUUUAUUUAUAUAACAAAAUUCCACUUUGACAUUAUGGGGUAUUGUGUCAAGGUCAGUGACACAAAAUCUUAAUUUAAUACAUUUUAAAUUCAAGCUGUAACAAAACAAAUUGCGGAAAAAAUCAAGGGGUGUGAAUACUUGCUGAAGGCACUGUACAUAUUGACAUACAGUGCAUUCAUACUGUGCAUUAAUUUUUCCACAUUUUGUUACGUUACAGCCUUAUUCUAAAAUGUAUUAAAUUGUUUUUUUUCCCUCAUCAAUUUACACACAAUACCCCAUAAUGACAAAGCAAAAACCGUUUUUUGUAAAUUUUAGCAAAUGUAUAAAAUAAAAAAAACUGGUAUCACAUUUACAUAGUUAUUCAGACACUUUACUCAGUACUUAGUUGAAGCACCUUUGGCAGAGAUUACAGCCUCAAGUCUUCUUGGGUAUGACGUUACAAGCUUGGCACACAUGUGUUUGGGGAGUUUCUCAAAAUUUUCUCUGUAGAUCCUCUCAAGCUCUGUCAGGUUGGAUGGGGAGCGUCGCUGCACAGCUAUUUUCAGGUCUCUCAAGAGAUGUUUGAUCGGGUUCAAGCUGGGCAACUCAAGGACAUUCAGAGACUUGUCCCGAAGCCACUCCUGCGUUGUCUUGGCUGUGUACUUAGGGUUGUUGUUCUGUUGUCCUGCCCCAUUCUGAGGUCCUGAGCCCUCUGGAGCAGGUUUUCAUUAAGGAUCUCUCUGUAGUACUUUGCUCCGUUCAUCUUUCCCUCGAUCCUGACUAGUCUCCCAGUCCCUGCCGCUGAAAAACAUCCCCACAGCAUGAUGCUACAACCACUAUGCUUCACCGUAGGGAUGGUGCCAGGCGUGACGCUUGGCAUUCAGGCCAAAGAGUUCAAUCUUGGUUUCAUCAAACCAGAGAAUCUUGUUUCUCAUGGUCUGAGAGUCCUUUACGUGCCUUUUGGCAAACUCCAAGCGGGCUGUCAUGUGCCUUUUACUAGCUUCCGUCUGGCCACUCUCCCAUAAAGGCCUGAUUGGCGGAGUGUUGCAGAGAUGGUUGUCCUUCUGGAAGUUUCGCUCAUCUCCACAGAGGAACUCUGGAGCUCUGUCAGAGUGACCAUCGGGUUCUUGGUCACCUCCCUGACCAAGGCCCUUCUCCCCGAUUGCUCAGUUUGGCCGGGCGGCCAGCUCUAGGAAGAGUCUUGGUGGUUCCAAACUUCUUCCAUUUAUGAAUGAUGGCGGCUACUGUGUUCUUUGGGAACUUCAUUGCUGCAGAAUUAUUUUGGUACCCUUCCCAAGAUCUGUGCCUCGACACAAUCCUGUUUCUGAGCUCUACAGACAAUUCCUUCGACCUCAUGGCUUGGUUUUUGCUCUGACAUGCACUCUCAACUGUGGGACCUUAUAUAAACAGGUGUGUAGAAACAUUUCAAGGAUGAUCAAUGGAAACAGGAUGCCCCUGAGCUAAAUUUCGAGUCUCAUAGCAAAGGGUCUGAAUACUUAUGUAAAUAAGGUAUUUCGGUUUUUUUAUAAAAUUAUAAAAGCCUGUUUUCGCUUUGUCAUUGUGGGAUAUUGUGUGUAGAUUCAUGAGGAUUUUUAUUUAUUUAAUCCAUUUUAGAAUAAGGCUGUAACGUAACAAUGUGGAAAAAGUAAAGGGGUCUGAAUACUUUCCAAAUGCACUGUAGUAAACUGUAAAGGAUAUUUCAUGCUGAAACCCUCAUAUUAAACACAAAUGGUAUUCACAAAAUUGAGGGUUUAUAUUUAAGACAAUGAUUUACAGCUUUGUUAUUCUAUUUUUUAUUUUUUAAUAAUCACAUUCAAUUAAAUGUGAUAAAACCACACAGAGGGCCAGAGAUUAUUACAGACGCCUGUGAUAAUCUGAAAUGCCCAAAAGGGCCACUAGAUGUCUGAUGAUAGAUUACAUAAAAUCCUUGAAAGAGACCAACAUUCUGGUAGUUUACUGGUAAAUGUUUAAGGUUUCCAGGAAUAUACCCUCCUUUUCAACCCUAAUUAGACCUUAUGAAAACAGAUAGGAACAUAAGCAGUUCACUUCAGAGCGAAGCUCUAUAAAUGUUUAAUCAGACUAAAAGUGUACAGCUCUUGCUUUGCACAUUAUCGCAUGGGAUUCAUAUUGAGCUCAAUAAAAGCGUGACCCCUAUUCAUCACCGUUGGGUGUGGGCUGUAUCUAACCAUCUGUGGGCUCUGGUGACUUUGAACACUGUAAAAUACACCUUGUUCUCCCCACUGCUCUUGGCAGACUAUGUGUUGUCUAUGGAUGAGCGUGGGUGGGGGAGCAUUUUCACAAUGAGUUGGGUUUGAGUAGUUGCAAAGAUCUAACCACUGCUGAUUUGGAUGGCGAUAUGGCACUGUGAAAGUGUGUGGAAAUGUGAUAACGAGUGUUUUCAAAAGAGAAGUGAGAUGUUGUUCCCUUCCAAAAGUUUAGAUACGUUUUUAAGAAGUUGCAAUGAUUUGGUAGAAUGUGUUAUUAUAUUGUGUUAAAGGGUCACAGGCAGUCCAAAGAAAAUGGUGCAAUCUUUUUUUUAGUGUAUCCUAUCAUUUCAUGUCUUUGUUGUUCUCACUAGGGCUGUGACGGUCUUGGAAUUUUGGAUGAUGGUAACUGGCCAGCUAAAUGACUGCGGUCUCUGUAAUAGCCAUUCAAAUAGCACAUUUUCUCCUCUCCGCUCCUGACUACAUGUGCUGCCAUAAAAACAGAAUGAAUAGAACGGGGGUCCCCAUUCAAGUCAAUGAUGGCUUAAUAGGUGGACUGGCGGCCAAUGUGAGUGUACCCAUAGGAGCAAAGUAGGAAGUUAAAGUGUACCCAUCAAUAUGUGUUGUGAUUUGUUGAUUCUACUCAACUGACAUUACAAAAAAUACAUUCCAUUGCAUGAGCCACAUCAGCUAACAUAAUUUGAAUGAACAUUACAAUACCAUGGGAAUUAUUGCAUCACAAUACCAGGCAGCCAUUGCUAUUUUACACAAGAGUUUACCAGUCAAAUUGCCAGGGUUAGAGGUUCUACAACACCUUGGUUGUUUCAGCAAGGAGCAACAAAGUUUAAUCACGUUGUUAAGAGUCCAUGUUACCGCAAAAACGGACUCAACCGCAAGAAUACCCGGCCGUCCCGUUUUCAGUCAGCUGGUUGUUCCCAAAAAAAGAAUAUAUAAAAUAAAUAAAUAAUAAUAAUAAUAUAUAUAUAUUUUUAUGGUUAUGACGGUUAUUUUAUUUUCAUGAUGGUCUUCAUCCAUAACUGUCAGUUACACGGUUAUACGGUAAUUGUGCCAGCCAUAGUUUUCACACACUCUUUGGUUUGAAUCCAGCGUGACACACUCACUCAUUCCCUGUUCCAAGGAAGAUCUUGUUUAAAUUACAUCUUGUUAGCAACAGGCAAGGACAACUCCUCAAUGAUCUGACAGUGUAGGAAUUUCCCGAGGAUGACACACAGUUUGACUCUCAGAAUGGAAGAACAACACGUGCCAUGCCAUGUACAUGGUAGGGAGAAACCUCAAAAUGCAGUCUUUGGAGAUAUAGCCAGUAGUGCAUAUUAUGUAGGACUUCUUAUAGUUUCAUGAAAAGCCUGAACGAACAAGUCCUCAACCUUUGGGAACCCCUCCAAUUCUCACUACUCUUCCAUUAUUUUUUCUGCCAUAUUAUUUCCCAAUGAUGUUGCUUAACCUGUUUGAAUUAUAAUACCUUAUUAUACUGUGUCCCCAUCCGGUGGAUAAGUCUUUGGGAAUGUAAUGCUAUAAUGCAAUUUAUCUGAGUCAUUAAACAACACUGAGCCCCCCCCCCCCCCCACCUCCUGUCCUAUCUGUCACAGUAAGGCCUUUGAUGUUGUGUGAGAGGAAUCACCUGUUGAUCUGAAAUGGUUUUGGUGGUUUUAUCCCAGUCACCCCCAGGUGUUUGUGUUUGGGAGACGUUUAGGGUGCCAGUGUCUAAGGUUACCUGGUAGACGACACACACCUGUGACUGCGGGGACUGUGUGUGUGUGUGUGUGUGUGUGUGUGUGUGUGUGUGUGUAUGUGUGCGUGCGGGCAAGUGAAUGCGGUGUGUGUGGCACUGAGAAACCAAGGUGUGUUCUUAUGCAGUGUGUGAUUAUGACGCUGGUCACAGUCAAACAUGCGUGGACCUAAACAACCAUUAUCUUUCUGGCUGCUAUUUAGAGUUAUCCCAAUGUCUGAGCCACUUAGACCUUCGUGUGUCGUUGCUGCUAAUCACAAUUGCAGACACACAAACUCACGCACACACACACACACACAGGCACACAAACACAUACGUGUCCACAGAGUUUAUCUCUAGCUAUGCUUAUUCACAGUUACACACAAGCUUCCCACGGUGGAAUGGAUCCUGGUGAUCAGAUUCGAUCUGUCUUAAAGGGGCAGCGUCUUAUUUUGAAAUGUAAGAUAUCUUCUUAAAAUGGCAAUGAUAAACUGAAAUAUAUAUAUUGAUAUGUAUCAAAUUACAUUUUAAAACAGUUUAGAUUUAAUUGUACAAUUAUUUUGUUUGCUCUUGAGUCUCAUGUAUGGUUUUGUAGAAGGAUUUUAGGCUACAUUUCUACAUCUCAUUAUUGGUUUCUCUUAUUUUAAAUACAGAAGUCAAGUGCCACAACUCCAUUAGCUACAGCGAGUCAGCCUACCAUUAUAUUCAUGCUAGAACUUCAAACAAAGUACGUGUCACGACUUCCUCCGAGGCUGCCUCCUCUAAUUGUUUGGGCAGGCUUCGGCAUUCGUCGUCACCGGCCUUCUAGCCACUGCCGCUCCUCAUCUCAUCAUUCCAUUUGUUUUGUCUUGUUUAUUACACACACCUGGUUCAUAUCCCCUCAUCAGUACCUGUAUAAGUGUUCCCUCUGCCCCCUUGUCUUUGUGUGUGAUAGUAUAUUGUGAGAUUAGUGAAGCUCGGUGGAGCUCCUUGAAUGUUGCAUCACCGGGUUAUUUUCCCCGUGUGCCUUCUUAGUUUCAGUGCGCCUGUUUUGCACACUGGACUGUUUUGACGCUUUAUUGCGUCAUUUAUUCCGGAAUAAAUCCUGUUAUUCUGUAAUUUACCCUCCUGCGCCUGACUCCUUCAAAUCACCAUAUCACAGUAUGACAAAAACUCAAAAGAUACCCAAAGGUUAUUCUGUGACUACGUUUUUUUUUUUUGCGGCGGUAUCGUUUUGGCAUCGAGUAUCGAGUAUCGUUUUUGUAUUGAGUAUCAAUACUAAACCUGGUAGCGGUAUCUAAGUCAAAAGUAUUGUAUCGUGACAACACUAGUCCUUAUGGGCAGGUGCCCAGACCUCACUCACUCCCUGUGUAGUUAGUUAUGAUUCUACUGAUUAUAAGUGGGGGAUGAGGGCUUUUUACAGUACCGGAUGUGUAUACGGUUGGGUGAAGUGUGGGAGAGAUGCUAAAAAGAAUGGGGGCUUGAUCAGUGCACAUUAAGGAAGAGAUAGGGUUCCCAUACAGGCGUAUGCACAGCUCUGCCCUUGCACAAUUUUUUUUUGACUCAUCACUUACGCUGCUGCUACUGUUUAUUAUAUAUCCUGUUGCCUAGUCACUUUAUUCCUAGUUAAAUGUACAUAUCUACCUCAAUUACCUUGUACCCCUGCACAUCGAUUUGGUACUUGUACCCUGUGUAUAUAGCCAAGUUAUUGUUAUUUAUUGUGUAUUUAUGAUUACAUUUCUAUUAUUUCUCUAUUUUCUUUCUCUAGGCAUCACUUUCUCAGGUGAUGCCCUAGCAGGGUGGCAUCCAGAUAUGUCUAUGGCAGGAUGAUGAUUAUGCUAGUGAUGGGGGUUGCUGUAGAGGGCAUGGCUCCCAUGUUUACGUCAGCUUUGAAACUGAAGUGAUGUUAAUCUUUAAACAACUGCCUACUGCUUUCUUAAACACUGUUUAUGUGUGAAGGGUUGUUGUGGAGGCUGUCAGGUAAUUUCAGGUCUGGCAUGAUGAGACAUGAUUCUUAUACAAACAGUGUUUGUGUGAGAGAGUGUGUGCAUGUGUGUGUGUGCAUGUGUGUGCGUGUGUGCAUGCGUGUGUGUUUCCAACUAUAUUUGGGAAAUUCCAUGAUAAUGGAAUUGCGCUGAGACUCAGAUUUUUCACUUUAAAUAUAUACCAAACAAAGACCAUUGAUUUCAAAGUUUAACAAACCAUACAACUCUAUGCACAAGGACUACUUUUAACAAUUUAACCCAGUGGAGGCUCCUCAGAGGAGGAAGGGGAGGACCAUCCUCCUCAGUGAAUUUCAUAAAAAAUUAAAAUAGUGAAACAUUAAAAAAGUUAUCCUUUUUAGAUAAAACUACACUACCAGUCAGAAGUUUUAGAACACCUACUCAUUCAAGGGUUUUUCUUAAUUUGUUACUAUUUUUUACAUUGUACAAUAAUAGUGAAGACAUCAAAACUAUGAAAUACCACAUAUGGAAUCAUGUAGUAACCAAAAAAGUGUUCAACAAAUCAAAAUAUAUUUUAUAUUUGAGAUUCUUCAAAUAGCCACUCUUUGCCUUGAUGACAGCUUUGCACACUCUUGGCAUUCUCUCAACCAGCUUCACCUGGAAUGCUUUUCCAACAGUCUUGAAGGAGUUCCCACAUAUGCUGAGUACUUGUAGGCUGCUUUUCCUUCACGUUGCGGUCUGACUCAUCCCAAACCAUCUCAAUUUGGUUGAGGUCAGGGGAUUAUGGAGGCCAGGUCAUCUGAUGCAGCACUCCAUCACUCUCCUUCUUGGUAAAAUAGCCCUUACACACCUCCUCCUCCAUGCUUUACGGUGGGAACUACACAUGCGGAGAUCAUCCAUUCACCCACACCGCAUCUCACAAAGACAUGGCGGUUGGAACCAAAAAUCAAAUGUCCAUUGCUCGUGUAUCUUGGCCAAAGCAAGUCUCUUCUUCUUAUUGGUGUCCUUUAGUAGUGGUUUCUUUACAGCAAUUCGACCAUGAAGGCCUGAUUCACACCGUCUCCUCUGAACAUUUGAUGUUGAGAUGUGUCUGUUACUUGAACUCUUUGAAGCAUUUAUUUGGGCUGCAAUUUCUGAGGCUGGUAACUCUAAUGAACUUAUCCUCUGCAGCAGAGGUAACUCUGGGUCUUCCAUUCCUGUGGCGGUCCUCAUGAGAGCCAGUUUCAUCAUAGCGCUUGAUGGUUUUUGCAACUGCACUUGAAGAAACGUUCUAAGUUCUUGAAAUGUUCCGUAUUGACUGACCUUCAUGUCUUAAAGUAAUGAUGGACUGUCAUUUCUCUUUGCUUAUUUGAGGGGUUCUUGCCAUAAUAUGGACUUGGUCUUUUACCAAAUAAGGCUAUCUUCUGUAUAGCCCCCCACCUUGUUACAACACAACUGAUUGGCUCAAACACAUUAAGAAGGAAAUAAAUUCCACAAAUGAACUUUUAAGAAGGCACACCUGUUAAUUGAAAUGCAUUCCAGGUGACUACCUCAUGAAGCUGGUUGAGAGAAUGCGAAGAGUGUUCAAAGCUGUCAUCAAGGCAAAGGGUGGCUACUUUGAAGGAUCUAAAAUCUAAAAUUUAUUUGGAUUUGUUUAACACUUUUUUGGUUACUACAUGAUUCCUAUUGUGUUAUUUCAUAGUUUUGAUGUCUUCACUAUUAUUCUACAAUGUAGAAAAUAGUAAAAAUUAAGAAAAAACCUUAAAUGAGUAGGUGUUUUAAAAAAAUUUGACCGGUAGUGUAUACUAAAUAUAUUCACGUCACCAAAUAAUUGAUUAAAACACACUGUUUUGCAAUGAAGAUCUACAUUUGCAGCAGCACUCUGUAGCAGCACUCUGUAGGGUAGCACCAUGGUGUAUUCGGAGGACAGCUACCGUCUGUCCUCUUCUGGGUACAUUGACUUCAAUACAAAACCUAAGAUGCUCAUGGUUUUCACCCCCUUCCAUAGACUUACACAUUAACUAGUAAUUAUGACAACUUCCGGAGGACAUCCUCCAACCUAUCAGAGCUAUUGCAGUCAGUGUUGCCAUGUUCGCGGUUUUCCCGCAUAAUUGGGCUACUUUGAAACGAUGUCGCGGGUGAAAAUGUAUUGGUCGCCAGUUGCAGGUUUUUUGGGCUAUUUCUAUGUUGCCCCGCGGCAGCCAUGGCAUUUCCUUAAAAAAUAUAUGUUUCACUGUGACCUGCUGCUGACUGUCAGGCAGUGAGGCAGGCUGUUGCUGAGUGACUGAGUAGUGGGGAGGGCCGGAGGGAGAGGUGUGUGUGUGUGUGUUUUUUGAUGUUCGUCCAAGUGUUUCUUGCUCAGAGAUUUUGAGAUCCUCUGUCCAACUUUCAUCACUCAAACUCUCCUGUCGGAUUUAUCUUUAGUUAUGCACAUGUGCAAAGGGGAUUUAUUUACAAUUAUAAACCUGAUUUGAGCCCUAAAUGCUGAUUGGCUGAAAGCUGUGGUAUAUCAGAGUAUAUACCACCGGUAUGACAAAAAAUACUUUUUACUGUUCUAAUUACAUUGGUAAUCAGUUUAUAAUAGCAAAAGGCACCCCGGGGGUUUGUGGAAUAUGGCCAAUAUACCACAGCUAACGGCUGUAUCCAAGCACUCCGUUUUGCGUCAUGCUUAAGAACAGCCCUUAGUCGUGGUAUAUUGGCGAUAUACCAUACCCCCUUGUGCCUUAUUGCUUAAUCAUAGCAGUCAAACGAGUUAAAAUGAUCUGGUGAGUUUAAUAAGGGCUAGUUCGAAGUUUAUUUGUCACAUGCACAGGAUACAGAAGGUGUAAACGGUACAGUGAAGUGGUUACUUGCAUAGUAGCAAUAUCAAAAACAAAAAGUUGUUACAGGAGGGGGUCGCAGUUACGGAGCGACCCACUAGGUGUCAUUCUCCGACAACCUUAGGCACCUCCUCAUCACAGUCAGGACUAAUCAUCAUCCUAUUGGUGUCACCUGUGUCUACCUGUUCACCUGUGUAUUUAUGCCCUCACUUCCCUGUGUUCCCUUGCUCAGUUUUCUCUGCUAGUUUCUCUAUGUCCAGCAGUACUAUUCAGUAUCUGAUCGGAGAUCUAUGUACAGGUACUUGAGAAGUGUUCUCCCUGUUUCGUUAUUUGUUUCAGUCUUAGGUAGUAUUUUGUAUUUUGGCUGUCAGACGGUUUUUGGAGACUUAUAAGUCUGUUAUUUUGUAUUUUGGCUUCGGGACCACCAGUAAAGAUCCUUGUUUCACCAUCUCUGCCUACUGCCUUCUGUGUAUCCUGCACCGCACAUGGAUCACACCUCACCCCAACCCUUACAGAAAGUGUCUAGAUAAAAAUAUGUUAUCACAUGAAAUAUUAUAUCAUUAUUAGUUGACACUUACCCAACACACUUGUCUAAAUUGAUGGGUCAUAUGAAGGAAAUGCUAUAACCAUCCCCCAGCCACAUCUAGCUAAGUGGAUUGGUCACUAUUGUCUAGAUGUCACGCCCUGGCUCUGGGGACUCUUAUAUGUUGAGCCAGGGUGUUAGUUUAUAUGUGUAGUGUCUAUGUUUUGUUUUCUAUGUGUUCUUUUCUAGAUCGUGUGUUUCUGUGUUGGCUGGGGUGGUUCCCAAUCGGAGGCAGCUGUGUCUUGUUGUCACUGAUUGGGAACCAUACUUAGGCAGCCUGUUGUGCACUUGUCAUUGGUGGGAUCUUGUUCCAUGUAGGUUUGUGUUUGUUAACCGAGGACUUCACGUUUCGUUUUGUUGUUUUGUUGCUGUGUAUUAAGUACUAUUAAAAGUAUGUACGCAUAUCACGCUGCGCCUUGGUCCACUCAUUACGACGAUCGUGACACUAGACAUGUACACACAUGUUCAUGAAAUACAAUAUAUAGCCGUAAUCACCCCCAGACACACCUGGCUAAUUUGAUUGGUCAUGUAAUAAUCUGGCCGAAGUGGAGUUUUUUUUUUUUUUUUACAUGUAGCUAGCUAGGUAGGUAGCUAGCUAGCUAAACAAUGAACCGGCAUUAUCCCAACUCAUGCUACUACCAAUACAAAAAUUGUCAUAGCUGUAGUAUGAAUCUGCAGGUAGCUAAAGCCAACAAACUAGGUUCAAUGUUAGCUAGCUAAUAUUAGCUAGCUAUAACUAGCAAUGCAAAAAGAUUUCUGAUUCGAAUAAUAUUACUACACAGAUCAAACACUUACGUUAGCUAGCGAGCCAGCAAGCUAAUGUUUGCUAGCUAACUAACAGUACGCUUUAACUUGCAAUAAAAACAACUUUCUGACAAAAUGAGAAAUGUAUAUCUGAAAAUGUAGCUAGACUCUUACCUGUAUACAUGGAUGAACGCUCACUACAGACUGGAACCAUUUAACUCCAUUUUGUUUGUAGCUACAUCUUGUUUGGCCAGUGUUGUGUCAAGUCACUCCGGUUCACGGUACCUGGCGUGUGCAGAAAGUAGCCCAUCACUUUUUCCAACUGAUCUGUCGAUAGCGCCUGCUAAAUUAAAGGGCAUCAAUGGUGUUGAGAAAAGUAGCAAAUAUUUUGUAGUUCUUGAUGGCUAACGUUAUAUCUUUCAAAAAAAAAGAAAGGACUGUCAACACAUACUGAACAGCUCACGUUAUAGACAGAAGCAUGCUACAUGGCAGACAAAUCCAAACUCAUCUCCCGGCAUGUCCAGCCUAUCCAUUAUCUCAGCCAAUCAUGGCUAGCGGGAAGGUUCCUGUCUUUUUCUGUGGCUAAACCAACUAGGCUCGUAAUUUAACUUUAUUCGUAUUUAUGGAUGGAAUACAAGUUUGUUAUUAAGGCACAUUAAAGUUCACUUGUACCAGAAGGCAUUUCUGCCAAAAAGGCAGCUGUGUGUCAGUGUGUCUCGCCUAAAACAGGCUGAUCUAGAGUCAGUGUAAGACGUGUGUCAGGGCUUGGCCAUACUGACACACUGCUCUGGCACUGAUCUAGAGUCAGUGUAAGAUGUGUGUCAGCGCUCGGCCCUACUGAGACAUUGCUCUGGGAUGUCUGAGCUAGACCGAGCAUGACAUCACUGUCCAUAUGAAGUAGUCAACAUGCACACACAUGCACACAUGCACACUCACACACACACACACACACACACACACACACACACACACACACACACACACACACACACACACAGCCUCAAAGCCUCACAAUCUCACACACACAUUGCACACACACACACACACACACACACACACACAGCCUCAAAGCCUCACAAUCUCACACACACAUUGUAUUCCCUCCCAGGAACAUACCCCCUAUUGGGCCUCAAUCCACUUCUCUUGUGGGACUGGAAACACUGUAUGCUGCCAUAAAGCAGACUGUGCCGUUCCACUGUGCUGCUGCUGCUGACUGGGCUGAGGCUCAGUGUGGAGGCUGGGCGAUAGAAAACACAAUGUACUCUGUUGUUGCGUGUCCACUGUGGUCUCCACACACAGAUGGCUCAUGUCAGAGGAACUAAGAGGUUAUGGAAAUGAUGCUCUUACAGUUUUAGCCUCAGCCAGAGCUCUGGAAGUGGGUAAUCUUCUGGAGACAUUUCAGCUGCUCUGACUCUAAGCAAAUAUGAUUCCAGUCCAGAUAUUACCAGAAAAGUUGACCACUGCUACUCACAUUCUUCCAUUGUUAGCCAGUUGCUGUAUGAGGCAGCACACACAUCUCUUGUUAGUGUCAGUGAGGUAUACCACAUUACAUAACAUUGUUUGAUAAAUGAUGAGCCAGGGUGAAGACUUUGACAGGAGUGACGUGAGGGGUUCUAACCGAGGAGAGGCAUGCUGAAACUUGGUGGGUCUCCGUCUUGUUUUGCGUUGGUUUGGCUUGACUAGAACCGUUUGACAGCAAUUAAUCUCUCCACAAUGUUCAACGUGGUUAUAAUGUUCAAUAAUUAUAGUGUUAUAAAAUCAUCAGGCACACCCCUACUUCACCCUCUCCCUCCCCCUUUCUCUCUAUCUCUCUCUUCCCUUCACUCAGCUCAGAGCAGUCUGACAGUGUUAAGUAGCAUCAAAGCUAAGUAUGCUUUGGGGGGGUGGCACUGUUGUCAUGGUGAUCCUGCUGGGAGAGCCAAGGUUGUUGUUUGUUAAGUUGAUUGAGUGAGUAGAAGGGAAGAGAUGAGAAGAGGGGGAGUGAGGGACAUGGAGAGUGGGAGAAGAAGAGGGGAGGAUGGGGAUGAAGUGGAGAGAUGAGAGAGGAACACAGAGAGCAAGAGAAGAAGAGGUAUUGUGGGAAGAAAUGCAGAGAGGACAGUGUUAAGAAUAGAAGCAGAAGAGAUAGAGAGGGCAGAAAGGAGGAGAAUGUGAGAGGUUGGAGAUGAGCAGAGUGAUUAGUAGUAGAGGAAAGAAUGAAGGGUGAAGAGGAGGAAGUAAGAGGAGAGUAAAGGAUCAAAGAGCAGCAAAAAAGAGAGUAGGAGAGGUUUUGUGAAAGAGAGAAGUAAGGGGCUAUUUUGUGUGUGAGUGUGCAGGUGAGGGAAUGGUUCUUGCUUCUGUAUAUAUAGCUCUUAACGUUGUGCGUAAUAGGGAAGUAUGUGGUGUGUGCGUGUGUGCAAUCGUGAGUGAGUGUGCGUGUGUGUGUGUGACUGCCUAGGCAGGAAAUGCCAGAGCUGUCCCAGAGGAGAGCUACUUUAGAGGGGCCCAUCUGGCCAUCCAGCCUGGUCACAUAGACUAGACGUAACAUAGUAAAGGUAAAUCCGGGACACUCAAAUUAAUGUGAUAUGUUAAGUUUGGUAUGGUUACAUAAGACAGAUGGUUACUUAAGGCAAAAACGAAAGUAGGGUGGUUGGUUGGGGUGGAUGGGUAUAACACAAAUGUCUAGCAACUCGCAAAUGUUGCGAGUUCGAAUCUCAUCAUGGAUAACUUUAGCAUUUUAGCUAAUGAGCAGUUUCUCAACUACUUACUACUUUUUAUCUACUUUGCAACUUCUUACCAUGUUAGCUAACCCUUCCCCUAACCCUAACCCUAACCUUAACCCUUUUAGCUAACCCUUCCCCUAACCCUAACCUUAAUCCUUUAACCUAACUCCUAAACUUAACCUUAACCCUAAAACCUAGCCUAGCUAAUGCUAACCAGCUAGCUAAUGUUAGCCACAUAGCUAGAAUGCGUAACAUAUCAUACGUUUGGCAAAUUCUUAACAUAUUUAACUUUUUGCAAAUUUGUAACAUAUUGUAUGUUUAGCAAAUUUGUAAAAAAUAAUAACAAUUGUAAUUCGUAAAAUAUCAUAUGAAAUGGGUGAUGGACAUCCACAAAUGAAUACAUACCAUACGAAACAUAACAUAUCAUACUCAAUGGAAUGUCACUGAUUUACAUACAGAAUAAUACGAAAUGCUCUGAGACUAGGUUGGGCCAUCAGUCACCCCCCUCCCCCUCCGUCCCCUGGCCUCCUCCGCUGUCCCAUCAUCAUCUGUAGAGAGAGGGACCAGUACCCCCCUCUGAACACACACACCCUAUCCCUACCCCGUGACCCCCCAUAUAGCCUUCCCUGUGUGUAAACAGCAGCAUGCAACCCCUGUAUGCACUAUGCACCCCUCUCAACCUAUGCCUUUAAUGCUUGUUUGAAUUCCCAGAGCUCCUUAGCAGUAAGCACUCCCAGUGUGUAGUCUAGCCCCCCUUUCCCUGAACGCACCCCUCUCAAGGCACCCAUUCACACCCCCUUCUUAGCAACACCCCUGUAUGGGCCCCAAACAGUACACCCUUAUCAUCAUCAAUGCCUGGAGAAUAAGGCUGCUCCUCUAAGUUUGGCUGCUGAACAUUUGUACACUGAACAGUAGAACUCGGUGAUCUUACUUAGAAGAUAAAAAUACAGACAUUCUAAUUGCCAAAUGAUAGAUCAUUAUUCAGUAUAGUGAAUUCCCUCUAUAGUGGUCAUGUAGUGUUGAUUGAUUCCAUAUAGCCAGGCCAUGUGUGUAAAUGGGAGUUGGUCUGGUCCCUUUCUGUCAUCACCUCCUGUUAACGCACUGAUAAAGACACCAGGGGAGGCCUAGACCACUUCCCCUUAACAUGAAAAAGCCCUAUAUGCUUUCUAGGAAAUACAUUUCUGCUGGUGCAUUCUAGGCAGACUGGAAUAUACUGCAUGACCUCCACAUUAGCAUUUCUUACUACACACACACACAGAUACACACACGUGCACACGCAUGCACACACACACAGUAUGCGUGGCCAGAUGGAUUAGGUUACAGCGUGAGGACUGUGGUAACUAAGUAAUGACUGUUCUGUGACAAAUUCAGCUCCACUUACACAAUUAGAAGCUAAGGUUAUCUUGGGAUUAGUAGCCACUACCUGUAACAGGAGACUUGCUGUUGUCCUCUCAACACUAGACUCCACUCCAUUCAGACAGAGCACCCAGUCCAUCACCUUACAAUGAAUGCUCUACUCACAGGUUUGAUCCAGGUUUAACUAGAGCUCAACUCUUCCUGAUAAUCUUGGUUUCAGUCGUGAUUAGUGAUGAUAUUUUAGGCCAGAUUUAGACCAUCUGACAGUUAAAAAACAGAGGGCUGUUUUUGAUAGGGGACCCCUCUCCUUUCCUCCUUCUAUCCCCAGCCUCUUUUCUAAUCUGGUUCAGUACAGUUUUUCUGUCUCGCGGAUCCUUGGCAGAGAUAUUUAUUUAUUUGUUUAUUUGGUUUGCCAUUUUUUAAAGCUCUCUGGCUUUAGGUUUUGCUGAGAGCAGACAUUUCCAUUCCUCCCCUCAACAUUCCAUCCCCUCUCCCUCUAACCCUCUCCCCCUUUCCCUCUCUCCCGCUCCCUAGCCAUUCCUUUCUCUUUAUUUGACAUUUUUUCUCUCUUUCUCCUUCCCAUGCCAUGUCUCUUUCUUCUUGUGCAUGUCUUUUUGACACACUCUUGCCUCUCUCCAUUUUGGUCUGUUCUCUGUCUUUUCUCCUCAAUUGCCUCUCUCUCCUGCUUUUCCAUUCCCCCCUUCUCUACCCUGACGGAGCCCCUCUUAUUUCUAUCAGUUAUUUUCCCUCAAAUAGCUCUAUUGGCCUGUAAUGGCUACUCAGGGGAGUCCUUCCUCACCCAGCCAGCUCCCAGCAGCCACUGCUCUCUCACGUAUGGGACGGCACAAGGUCCCCUUCUGUUCUCUCUGUAUGAAUUUACAACCAGUGGGAAAUAUGCAGGAAACACCAUUUAAACUGGAGAGAAGUUCUAAUUAUUAUGUUGGAAAUGUACUUUUUCCAACGGAUUAAUAAAUGUGUUCAAAGGUCAAAAGUUGUUGACAAUCCAAACAUAAAGCACGUAAUAUCCCAAUAAUACAAAUUAUAAAUACAACACCAGGUAUUUAUGUGUGUAGUGUUGAGAGUAUAUGGCUUGUGUGCAGCAGACCAGUAGACCAGUCUCAGAGUCUCCCAGAGUGUUUGGCCACUAUAAACUGUGAUGAUUAGGACUUGGCACAGUGUUGUUACUAGGUCAAGUGUACUGUGCCAGGCAGUUACAUGCCCACAGUGCAGGGCAGAUCUGUGCCAAGGUGUCUCCAUAGUGAAACCUCUAUGACAAGGGACUCUACUAAAGACAAACCAGUAUGCAAUUCAUAUCAUACACAUACAGGUGGGGUAUAUGUAUGUCGUUUGGGCAUUCCUCAGUUUGGAGUGUACAGUCAAUUAAAAUGCAGUCAAUUAAAACAUGUUAAUUGUCUGAAGCAAAAUGAGACUUAAUAUAAUAUAAUAAUAUUAAUGGAAAAACACAUUCUCUGGCACUGGAAAUGGCACCUCAACUGUGUUGAUUAUUUUCCCAAUAAGUACAGCGACAUCUCCUAUGGGCCUCCCUGGUUUUCCAUCUCCACUCUGUAGGGGAUAGACUAGCAUGCUAAAUGCUAACCAGCAGCUGAGAUGACAGUAAAGGGGAUAUUACAAUGUGUUGGCCUUAGGCAGUUUGGCUUGCUCCACUGCUGACUACAGUAUGUGAGUUCCUUUAGCCCCCAUCCAUCCCUGUGUGCCUGUCCCCCUGUAAGUACCUCCUCAUGCAUUACCCCCACUGACCAGCUCUCAUUAUAUUGGACGGCUUCUGGCUCUGUGAGUUGAUUACUGUCUGUGUGUGUGUGUCUGUCCGUCCCCCCGUCCAUCUGUCCAUGUCUGCAGUGUACCUGAAUGACUGUACUCACUAUAGCUGGAGUGGGGCUCUUUACCUCUUUUAUCUCUCAGCCUUCAUCUCUCCAUCUUUCCCCCUCUUUCUUCCUCCAUCUCUCUAUUCACAGGUCAAGUCCCCUAUUGGGUUUUAAUGAGCACAGAGAGGUUUUCAUAAACACCAUGGCUCAGCCACAGUCUAAAUCCCCUGACCUGACGUCCACCUGUCAGCGCUUACUGAAGUGAAAGGCCUUUCUUAUUGUGAUGGUCUUCAGUCAACAUGGAAGCAAUAUUGGACAAUGGCUUGGUUGUUAUGGUGUCCACAUGGACACAUUCAGUGCAAUAUUGGCCAAGUGAAUAUUACUUUUUUACUUCAGUAUUUUAAAUUCUUUCACCUUUUUACACCGCUCAAAAUGCGUUUCUUAAGUCUUCAAGACUUAUUUUUGUCUGCGCCCGACACACAGUUAGAGAAAUGUGUUUGCCUAUCGCUUUCCACAGCAUCAGGUAAGUCAGUCAGGAUGUUUAUUCUGAUGCCCCAUCACCUCACACUGAGGAGAAACAGAAGCAGCCCAUAGCUACCACUGUAUACUGUACAGCCAUUCCACACAGAUGGAGGAAUGCAUUGACUGACAGGGUCACUGUGCUGGCACCAAGCCUGGUCUGGUCUGGUCUGGCUGUUUUGUCCAUGUUUGGAGAGAGGAAAUGAGUGCUGAGCUGAGCGAUGUCUCCGUGUUCUCCACACAGCUCCACUCUGUCUCCACUCCAACACACAGUCAGACACACAGACUGACUGACUGGCUAAUGGCUAUAAGUAGUAGCCUGAGCCCAGGUCACAACUCAGAUACAGAGCCAAGAGAGAUGGAGGGAGGAGAGAGGAAGAAUGGGGGAGGAAAGUGAAAAUGAACAUGAAGGGGAAGAUGUAGGAGGAAAAAUUAAGAAAGAGAGAUAGCAACGGAAAGAAGAACGGAGGGAAGUAGGGGUUGAAAAGAUUGGGAGGACACAACAACCUCUCAUUCUCUCUUCAUAGUUAUCACCAAAGAGAUACGGUUGGAAAAAGGAGGGAGCACUCUUGAGUGAUGUUCUGUCAUACCCAGAGCACAGAUAUACCAUAAAAACAAGAUGGCUUCCCCUAGAUAUCCCAUUGAGAGUUUGAUCUAAGUAGUAUAUCUUAGCAUGAAACCUACCAUCUGGUUCCCACUAUCUCUGUAUCUACAGGAAGUUGUAUCAUGUAACGAGUAUGCACCCUACAAAUCUCUCAUAUCUCCACUGUCUUCAAUGGAGGGUUUGUCUGCAGCUAGGGAUGUUACUAUUGUUUGUAGGAGAGGUGUAGGCUGGAAAGCGUGGAAACAAGGGAGGAAGGGUGGAAAGAUAUGCCAUUUUGUGUAGGAUGGGUAAAGAGUGAAACAAUAAAAAAGGGGUGAUGAAAAUUGUAAAAAGUAAUGAGACAGUUGUUUUUUGGGGUUACGUUAUGUACCUGUUUGUUGUACAACAUCAAUAUUUUGCAGGACAUUGAGUUGCUGUUCUCAUCAUUCAAGUAAAACGUAUAUAGGUUAUAGGUUAAGAACUUUUGUGAAAGAGCACAGUUUGAAAGAUAUGGCAAAUAGAAAUCAAACCGGAAGGACAUCAGAAAUAAAUGGGAGAGGUUGAGGGUAGAGGAAGGACAGGAGUAAAAACAAACAAAAUAGACUGUGUCCAUAAAAUAUAUAUAGUAUGUAUAAGCUCGCAGUAGAGGCCUAAGCGUUGUUGUUCACUAGUUCACUCCGAUUAAGGGAGGGGUGGUAGGGUUAGAAAGUAAUAAAGGAAAAGGAUAUGUGUAUAUAUUUUACAUUUACAACAGAAAAUAUAUAUAUACAGUGUGUGCGAAUGUAGUAAGUUAUAAUAAAUAAAUAGGCCAUAGUGCAAAAGUAGUUACAAUUUCGUAAUUAACACUGGAAUGAUAGAUGUGCAAAAGAUGAUGUGCAAAUAGAGAUACUGGGGUGCAAAUUAGCAAAAUAAAUAACAAUAUGGGGAUGAGGUAGUUGGGUGGGCUAAUUUCAGAAUGGCUGUGUACAGGUGCAGUGAUCGGUAAGCUGCUCUGACAACUGACGCUUAAAGUUAGUGAGGGAGAUAAGAGUCUCCAGCUUCAGAGAUUUCUGCAGUUCGUUCCAGUCAUUGGCAGCAGAGAACUGGAAGGAAUGGCGGCCAAAGGAGGUGUUGGCUUUGGGGAUGACCAGUGAGAUAUACCUGCUGGAGCGCAGACUACGGGUGGGUGUUGCUAUGGUGACCAGUGAGCUAAGAUAAGACGGGGAUUUGCCUAGCAGUGAUUUAGAUGACCUGGAGCCUGUGUGUUUGGCGACGAAUAUGUAGUGAGGGCCAGCCAACAAUAUAUGUAUGUGUGUAUGUAUGUAUGUAUGUAUGUAUGUAUGUAUGUAUGUAUGUAUGUAUGUACGUACACUACCGGUCAAAAGUUUUAGAACACGCUUUUCUUUAUUUGUACUAUUUUCUACAUUGUAGAAUAAUAGUGAAGACAUCAAAACUAUUAAAUAACACAUAUGGAAUCAUGUAGUAACCAAAAAAGUGUUAAACCUGUGGCGGUCCUCAUGAGAGCCAGUUUCAUCAUAGCGCUUGAUGGUUUUUGUGACUGCACUUGAAGAAACUUUCAAAGUUAUUGAAAUGUUCCAUAUUGACUGACCUUCAUGUCUUAAAGUAAUGAUGGACUGUCGUUUCUCUUUGAUUAUUUGAGCUGUUCUUGCCAUAAUAUGGACUUGGUAUUUUACCAAAUAGGGCUAUCUUCUGUAUACCCCCCUACCUUGUCACAACACAACUGAUUGGCUCAAACGCAUUAAGAAGGUAAUACAUUCCACAAAUUAACUUUUAAGAAGGCACACCUGUUAAUUGAAAUGCAUUCCAGGUGACUACCUCAUGAAGCUGGUUGAGAGAAUGCCAAGAGUCUGCAAAGCUGUCAUCAAGGCAAAGGGUGGCUAUUUGAAGAAUCUCAAAUAUAAAAUAUAUUUUGAUUUGUUUAACACUUUUUGGUUUACUACAUGAUUCCAUAUGUGUUAUUUCAUAGUUUUGAUGUCUUCACUAUUAUUCUACAAUGUAGAAAAUAGUAAAAAAUAAAGAAAAACCCUUGAAUAAGUAGGUGUGUCCAAACUUUUGACUGGUACUGUAUAUACACACAGACAGUAAAAUGGCUGAGAGGGACGGGAAUGGUAAAAAGCCUGAAUAUUAAGUGGCACUCCAGUCUCUUUUUCACCUCCUUUAACACCUGAUUUACUCAACAAAAUGCACAUCUCAAUAGGUGGUCCAGCUAUGUCACAACAAAGCACAAGUGGGGGGUGGGCUUUUCCUCUUUCGUUCUUUAUUGCUCCUCUAUUAUUCCUCAAGCAAGAGGGGAGGCCGAAGACAUCACGAAUUCCCAUCAGACCUACUCCUUCAAGUUUGCAGUUGUGUGUGUACUUUAUUGUAUUUAUACUUGGGAUAUCACUUUUCAACAGGAAAAGUUCAAAAAUACCUUUAAGUAAAAUCUUAGCCCUCUCCUUUGUACAGCACCAUCUGCUUAUGUCAUGUUCAUCUUUGAAAUGGUCGAGCAGAGCGUGUUUGGAGGUACUACAGGCUCUUCUGCUGUCCAAAAUAAACCACUGGUGUUGUUACUGGCUUUCUCUUUCUCUCCCUCUGUGUGUGCUUACGUGUGUGUGUGUGCGACAAGGUGAAAAAUCUGUCGAUGUGCCCUUGAGCAAGGCACUUAACCCUAAUUGCUCAUGUAAGUCGCUCUGGAUAAGAGCGUCUGCUAAAUGACUAAAAUGUAAAUGUUAAGGCUGGGCGGUAUACCGUGUUUUACGAUAUACCGGUAUUGAUGCACAGACCAGUUUGGGUUUUUACUUUACCUACAAUAACGGUAUUUGAAUGUUUGGUUUGUUAAAUGUGAUACGCUGUGUGUAACGUACAUUUUUAUAGUUUACUUCGCUACUCCAGUCAUCUCUCUCAGCUCUCUCUCCAUGCCGCUUUCCACACAGAACUAGCCCCGCCCCCUGUCACUCAAGGAGCACAUUUGUUGUUCUUUGACCAAGAGACACUUGCAUUCAGUUCGCAUGCUCAAUCAAAGAAAAUCAAAUCAAAUUGUAUUGGUCACAUACACAUAUUUAGCAGAUGUUAUUACGGGUGUAGCGAAAUGCUUGUGUUCCUAGCUCCAACAGUGCAGUACGAUCUAACAAUUCACAACAAUACACACAAAUCUAAAAGUGAAAGAAUGGAAUUAAGAAAUAUAUAAAUAUUAGGAUGAGCAAUGUCGGAAUGGCAUUGACUAAAAUACAGUAGAAUACAGUAUAUACAUAUGAAAUGAGUAAAACAGUAUGUAAACAUUAUUAAAGUGACUAGUGUUCUCUGUUGUGCCUUCUUCACCACACUAUCUGUGUGGGUGGACCAUUUCAGAUUGUCAGUGAUGUGUACGCCGAGGAACUUGAAGCUUUUCACCUUCUCCACUGCGGUCCGUCGAUGUAAAUAGAGGCGUGCUCUCUCUGUUGUCUCCUGAAGUCCACGAUCAGCUUCUUUGUUUUGUUGACGUUGAGGGAGAGGUUAUUUUCCUGGCACCACUCCGACAGGGCCCUCACCUCCUCCCUGUAGGCUGUCUCAUCAUUGUUGGUAAUCAGGCCUACUACAGUUGUCGUCUGCAAACUUGAUGAUUGAGUUGGAGGCGUGCGUGGCCACGCAGUCAUGGGUGAAGAGGGAGUACAGGAGGGGGCUGAGCACACAACCUUGUGGGGCCCCUGUAUUGAGGAUCAGCGUAGUGCAGGUGUUGUUUUCUAUCUUCACCACCUGGGGGUGGCCCGUCAGGAAGUCCAGGACCCAGUUGCACAGGGUGGGGUUCAGACCCAGGGCCCAUAACUUGAUGAUGAGCUUGGAGGGUACUAUGGAGGUGAAGGCUGAGCUGUAGUCAAUGAACAGCAUUCUUACAUAGGUAUUCCUCUUGUCCAGAUGGGAUAGGGCAGUGUGCAGUAUGCAAAUUGAAGUGGGUCCAGGGUGACAGGUAAGGUAGAGGUGAUAUGAUCCUUAACUAGCCUCUCAAAGCACUUCAUGAUGACAGAAGUGAGUGCUACGGGGCGAUAGUAAUUUAGUUCAGUUACCUUUGCUUUCAUGGGUACAGGAACAACGGUGGACAUCUUGAAGAAAGUGGGGACAGCAGACUGGGAUAGGGAGAGAUUGAACAUGUCCGUGAACACUCCAGCCAGCUGGUCUGCACAUGCUCUGAGGACCCGUCAAGGGAUGCCGUCUGGGCUGGCAGCCUUGCGAGGGUUAACACGCUUAAAUGUCUUACUCAUGUCGGCCACGGAGAACGAGAGCCCACAGUCCUUGGAAGCGGGCCGCGUCUGUGGCACUGUGUUAUCCUCAAAGCGGGUGAAAAAGGUGUUUAGCUUGUCCGGGAGCAAGACGUCAGUGUCUGCAACGUGGCUGGUUUUCCCUUUGUAAUCCGUGAUUGUCUGUAGACUCUGUCACAUACGUCUCAUGUCUGAGCCGUUUAAUUGUGACUCCACUUUGUCUCUGUACUGACGUUUUGCCUGUUUGAUUGCCUUACGGAGGGAAUAACUACACUGUUUGUAUUCAACCAUAUUCCCAAUCACCUUGCCGUGGUUAAAUGCGGUGGUUCGCUCUUUCAAUUUUGCGUGAAUGCUGACAUCUAUUCACGGUUUUUGGUUUGAGUAGGUUUUAAUAGUCACAGUGGGAACAACAUCCCCUAUACACUUCCUGAUUAACUCAGUCACCAUGUCCAUGUAUAUGUCAAUUUUAUUCUCAGAGGCAACCCGGAACAUAUCCCAGUCCGCGUGAUCAAAACAAUCUUGAAGCAUGGAUUCCGAUUGGUCAGACCAGCGUUGAAUAGACCUUAGCACGGGUACUUCCUGUUUGAGUUUCUGCCUAUAGGAAGGGAAGAGCAGGAUGGAGUCGUGAUCUGAUUUGCCAAAGGGAGGGCAGGGGAGGGCCUUGUAGCCAUCCCGGAAGGAGGAGUAACAGUGGUUGAGAGUUUUUGAUGCGUGAGUACUACAGGCAAUGUGUUGAUAGAAAUUCGGUAGCUUUUUCCUCAUAUUUGCUUUGUUAAAAUCCCAGCUACAAUAAAUGUGGCCUCAGGGUAUAUGCUUUCCACAAGUCCAGUGUAGUUCCCUGAGGGCCGUCGUGGUAUCGGCUUGAGGGGGAAUAUACAUGGCUGUGACUAUAACCGAAGAGAAUUCUCUUGGGAGGUAAUAUGGUCGGCAUUUGAUUGUGAGGUAUUCUAGGUCGGGUGAACAAAAGGACUUGAGUUAUUGUACGUUAUCACAAUCACACCAAGAGUAGUUAAUCAUGAAACAUACACAACUGCCUUUCUUCUUCCCGGAGAGUUCUUUAUUCCUGUCUGCGCAAUGUACUGAGAACCCAGCUGGCUGUAUGGACGGGGACAGUAUAUCUGGAGAGAGCCAUGAUUCCAUGAAACAGAGUAUGUUACAGUCCCUGAUGUCUCUCUGGAAGGAGAUCCUCACCCUGAGCUCGUCUACUUUAUUGUCCAGGGACUGAACAUUAGCGAGUAAUAUACUCGGAAGCGGUGAAUGGUGUGCAUGCCUCCUGAGUCAGACUAGAAGUCCACUACGAAUACCUCUUCUCCGCCGGUGGCGUCUUGGAGCAGCCUCUGGGAUAAGUUCAAUUGCCCUGGGGGGUACGAACAAAGGAUCCAAUUCGGGAAAGUCGUAUUUCUGGUCGUAAUGCUGUUGAGUUACCGCCGCUCUGAUAUCCCAAAGUUAUUUCCGGCUGUAUGUAAAAACACAAAAAACAUUCUGGGCAAAAAAUUUAAGAAAUAACACACAAAAAACAAAAUACUGCAAAGUUGCUUAAGAGGUAGAAGCAGAGCUGCCAUGUCUGUCGGCGCCAUUUUCACCAAUGCAACGCAUGAAACAAUGUUGAUGAUAACGGUGCUGUUUUCACAUUGCUUCUUAAUAUAAAUCCACUAGCAUUCUAUAAUUACACUAUUAGUUUGUGUUUCUUACAUCUUACAGAAAACAGCUAGUUUGUCUUUUCUUAGCAAGUUGGACCUAAAUCUUGUUAGCCACUAAUUGGUAGCCACUAAUGCUAAUGACUAGCAAGCUAAUAAAUGUACUAAGUCAGAGCAAACAUAAUUAGCUAAACAGCCUGAUACUAGUGAUGGUGUAGAACUAAGUCAGCAUUUUGUUUUUGGAACAGUAUCUUCUAAAUCAAAGAGGAAUAUGCGAAGAAAGAAUAUGUUCGCUACAUGAAGUAGCUAAGAGAAAAUAUUAAAUGUAGCAAAAGAUUAUAGGGUCCCCUAUGAAACACUUGUCAACACUUUGGUUCCUACCCUGUCACAAUAACUCCUCCCUGGCAUUUUCAUUCGUUGUCAUGUCAAACAACACUGUAUUCAAAGUGCCCAGUAUUAUAUUCUAACUAUAGAAUUAGAAUAAUCAUUCUAUUUCCAUAAUUCCAACAGUUCACCCAAGUGUUUUUCUCUAAAUCGCAAGUCAAAUCGCAAUUGCAACAAUUGGUUAAACAUAAGGCCUAGAUUGUUUGCCCAUAUCGUGCAGCCCUACGUGGCAAUGUGGAAAUGAUCUCAAAUGAGUGCAGGAAAUGCAGAAAUAGCUGAAAAUGCUGAAAAUUAUUGUGGGUUGAAGUUUAAUUCAACAUUAUAAAGCAAUCAGAGUUGAGAAAGACCCAUUGAAAUCACUUAGAAUGUAUGUGUUGCCACACUAGGGUCACACAGUACUCAUAAAGCAAAUGUAGAACUGUAUUGUUCAAAAACAUCAAAUACCAUCAUACCGUCCAUGCUCAAUCAUCUCCUUGUUUGUUUAUGACUGCAUUGAGGUUAGCUUUGUUGGCUCCAGUAAUUUAAUCAUCAUUGUUAAUUGCUUCCACAAAAAUACUUGACAAAGUUCCUAGUUAUGACAGCAUCUUUCUUGUUCGCUCUUCUCUCUUCCUUUCCUACCUUUUAUCCUUCUCUUUCGUUCUCCCUAUCCUCACUGUCUCCCCUCCCACCUUGGUAAUGGCCUCUCUCCCCCCCCCCCUCCACUCAACUCCACUCCUUUAUUCUCCUCCCCCAUAUCCCCCUUUUCUCUGAACCCCUCCCCGCUCUUUUUUUUUCUAGCCCUCCCUCUCUGUCUGAGCUCAUAGCUGGCUGGCGUAGAGGUGGACUGCUGUACAGAGCUUGGUCUGUUAUUCCCAUCAGCCUGUACACGCAGGAAACCCACAUGUGUGAAGGGAAAGACAUGACAUCUUUACAUUACACUACUUAGACGACAAAAACUAGGUCCAGGAGAGAUACGUAGUGUAAAGAGGCGCAUCUAGAUUCAAAUCUCUCUUUAAGAGAUAUCUCUCACACUACCUCCGGAUGUGGUGUGGGAGACAUCUACACCACAAACCCUGAGUAGAACAGUCAGAGACGGAAGAGGAAGCAAGACACCCUACUCGCUGUUUUUCCCCCAUUUUGUUUCUGGUUCAAUGAAAGUCAAUUAACUAAAUAGAACAGACCCAGCUGAUAUUGCAAUGCAUUGGUGUCUAUGGUUAAGUAGACCGAAAUUGACAAAUCUUUUUUUAAUGGUAAACGGCCUGAGUGAACAAGCUUAAUUUAUCCAUCUUUGGUACAGUGUAAAGACAACGGCUCUUCCACACCACAUGCCCCUGCAAGAAAUACCUUAAUUACCUUAAUACCAGUAGACAGUAUUUUUUAUCUGUUAGCCAAAUUAAAAAUGAAAGGCUUUUAAACCUCCACACAUUUGUGAAUCAUUGCAUUAAUCAAGUGUGCAACACUAUCUGCAAUAUGGUUUAGACGUGAAGCUCCUGUAUUGAAUUGCUAUCGUUAUUUUGUUUCUGUAUAUACUAUGGUAUUUACGGUAUGCUAACAGCUGCAACUACACAUGAAGCAGGAAUGUGGCUUUGGCCACACCGCAUCCAAGGCUUAGUGUAAACAGAAAAGUUGCAAAUCUGAUGUUGAAGUGAGAUAGAUCCCACUAGACAUAUUUUACUAAUGUAAAUCCAGGGAGAGAGAGAGAGAGAGAGAGAGAGAGAGAGAGAGAGAGAGAGAGAGAGAGAGAGAGAGAGAGAGAGAGAGAGAGAGAGAGAGAGAGAGACAGAGACAGAGAGACAGAGAGAGACAGACAGCCUUGACUUGCUCUGGAUCCUAUUAGCUCUCCCACAUUUUUUCCCCUGCCCCAUGGCAAAAAGUGUAGAAUUGCAGGAUAUUAGCUUUAAAACUGCAACAUUUUCUCUCUGCACAAUGGUAAAACGUGUUGAAUCCGCUCCGACAAAAAUCGUCCCGCGGCUGAAUCUAGUUGCCUACUUCUGUAUUAUACAGCCACACCCUAUCGAUGUAAAGUACAACAUGAGUUAUUAUACAUUGUUUGUAUCUUUAAAUCUGUUUAUUCACUUAUGGCCUUUUGAUCUGGGAAGCAUGUCUGUGGCCUGAAUUUGCAUCUCUAUAUGUGAGAGCCUGACUCCAUCCCACAGACCUUAAUAAAGCAAGCCUGUUAAACGCUGUGGACCCUAACAGCCAGCCAACUCCCUGUGGGUUGAGAAUUUGUGCAUGCAAUCAUGAUUCCGUCCGUGCCUCUGUGACCUUUGAACCGGCCCCUGUUGCAGAUGGUGACCUCUGACCUUUGGGAAUGCCUCUAGCACUAAUCAGAGGGGAGCAGCCAAGGGCAUGAUUUCCACCAACGUUAUUCACAUUGUUCUGAAGUGGGAAACAGAGACUUAGGUCACUCAUAUGAUGGAGCUAGACAGACCGACACGAGGCUCAGUCAGACAGACACAAUGGAUGGGUGCAUGGCUUUUAUGGUGGUUGUGCUUGGUGGAGAUGAGCUGAAUCUAAGCCAGACUACUGAAUGUGUUGUGUAUGGUCAUGUUCCCACCACAACCCCCCAGAGAGAGCUGUGUCAGUCUGCCUUGUCACACGCUGAGCCAGCACACUGCUAACACUAACAGGGGUUCCCUUUCAGUCAGUCAACUUCGGUACAACAUACUAUGGGGAGUCGCACUCUCACGACUUCGGUUGAAUGCUUUACUAUCACGCCUGACAAGGCCAAUGCAAUCCGCACCUCGCUGGAAGCCCUACCUUCCACAGGUGAUAAGCGUGAGGCUUGGAUUCACUCCUUCAAUUAUUCCGCUCUUCACCUCGGUUUGAACAGGAACGAUUCAUGGUAAAAAAAGAAAGAAAGGAAAACAAGACUGUCUUACGUUGCGCCUACUUAACUAUCCCAUAGUGGUAGAGCGUGCUCACAUCCUGGACAUUGUGUGCUGAAGUUUGUAUUUCUCACAAGUUUCCUAAUCACAAACACUUAGUUAUUCUUCAAUUUGCUGGAGCACUGAGUAAGAUGGCUAAGAAAGCGACCGAGACGACUAUGGCUAAGCCGGGUUCGGGGUCGAGGUCAUGCCCCCAGUCAUGUGGUUAUACUAUUUCUCUGAAAGAUGCUCACGAUUUAUGUCUAGUUUGUCUGGGCUUGGAACACACUCAGGCGACCCUCGCUCAAUCCAGUCCAUGUGCGCAUUGCUACAUACUGCGUGCAAACUCCCAGGAAAGACGUGUAGCAUUCUUGAGGAAGCUUGGAGUUACCGAUGGCGACUUUCCUUUCCCGGAUGCCCUGGACUGCUGGUGCAGUCGGUAUUUCCUGGUUCCGGAAAGGAACAGGGGUUUACGCCUCAUUCAAGACAUCUGUGCCCUGAACAAACAUCUCAGAGUUUGCAAGUUCAAAAUGCUGACAAACCAGAAGCUGUUACGGUCUGUGCAUCCAGCGGCUGUUAGGGUCAAUAUCAGGGGAUAUCUUUAUCAUACUGAACAAAAAUAUGAACUCAACAUGCAACAAUUUCAACGCUUUUACUGAGUCACAGUUCAUAUAAGGAAAUAAGUCAAUUGAAAAAAAUGUAUUAGGCCCUAAUCUAUGGAUUUCACAUGACUGGGCAGGGGCACAGCUAUGGGUGGGCCUGGGAGGGCAUAGGCCCACCCACUGGGGAGCUGUCCCAGCCAAUCAGAAUGAAUUUUUCCCCACAAAAGGGCUUUAUUACAGACUAAAAUACUCCUCAGUUUCAUCAGCUGUCCAGGUGGCUGGUCUCAGACGAUACCGUAGGUGAAGAAGCUGGAUGUGGAGGUCCAGGGAUGGCAUGGUUACACGUGGUCUGCGGUUGUGAGGCCAGUUGGGCGUACUGCCAAAUUCUCUAAAACAAAGUUGGAGGCGGCUUAUGGUAGACACAUGAACAUUCAAUUCUCUGGCAACAGCUCUGGUGGACAUUCCUGUAGUCAGCAUGCCAAUUGCACGGUCCCUCAAAACUUGAGACAUCUGUGGCAUUGUGUUGUGUGACAAAACUGCACAUUUUUUAGUGGCCUUUAAUUUUCCCCAGCACAAGGUGCACCUGUGUAAUGAUCAUGCUGUUUAAUCAGCUUCUUGAUAUGCCACACCUGUCAGGUGGAUGGAUUAUCUUGGCAAAUGAGAAAUGCUCCCUAACAGGGAUGUAAACAAAUGUGUGUACAACAAUUUAGAGAAAUUAGCUUUUUGUGUGUAUGGAACAUUUCUGGGAUCUUUUAUUUCAGCUCAUGAAACAUGGAACCAACACUUUACAUGUUCCGUUUAUAUUUUUGUUCAGUAUAUAUAUUUCUGGUUAUCUGACAUAUUAUUAGAUAUAAGGAGUAGACAUGCUCCAGAUACGUAUUUCCUUCAUUUUAUAUAUGGAGCUAGGAUAUUCUCCAUAAUGGGACAGUUUCUACACGCAUCCAAUCCGGACCUCCAUAAUCUCACUGCUACUGUAUGAGUCCAGGGAGAUAUCUGGGGUGAGGAACAGUGCAUUCGUAAAGUAUUCAGACCCCUUGACUUUUUCCACAUUUUGUUGUUACAUCCUUAUUCUAAAAUUGAUUAAAUAAAUACAAAUUCUCAUCAAUCUACACACAAUACCCCAUAAUGACGAAGCGAAAACAGGUUUUUAGAAAAUGUAGCAAAUUUUUUUAAAUAAAUAAAUACCUUAUUUACAUAAGUAUUCAGACCCUUUGCUAUGAGACUCGAAAUUGAGCUCAGGUGCAUCCUGUUUCCAUUGAUCAUCCUUGAGAUGUUUCUACAACUUGAUUGGAGUCCACCUGUGCUAAAUUCAACUGAUUGGACAUGAUUUGGAAAGGCACACACCUGUCUAUAUAAGGUCCCACAGUUGACAGUGCAUGUCAGAGCAAAAACCAAGCCAUGAGGUCGAAUGAAUUGUCAGUUUAGCUCUGGGACAGAUAAUUUCUGCAGCAUUGAAGGUCCCCAAGAACACAGUGGCCUCCAUCAAUAUUCAAUGGAAGUAGUUUGGAACCACCAAGACUCUCCCUAGAGCUGGCCACCCGGCCAAACUGAGCAAUCAGGGGAGAAGGGCCUUGGUCAGGGAGGUGACCAAGAACCCGAUGGUCACUGACAGAGCUCCAGAGUUCCUCUGUGGAGAUGGCUAAGAAAGCGACCGUUUUAGAGAAUAUUCCAGAAGGACAACUAUCUCUGCAGCACUCCACCAAUCAGGCCUUUAUGGUAGAGUGCCAGACAGAAGCCACUCCUCAGUAAAAGGCACAUGACAGCCCGCUUGGAGUUUACCAAAAGGCACCUAAAGGACUCAGACCAUGAAAAACAAAAUUCUCUGGUCGGAUGAAACCAAGAUUGAACUCUUUGGCCUGAAUGCCAAAGGUCAUGUCUGGAGGAAACAUGGCACCAUCUCUACGGUGAAGCAUGUUGGUGCCAGCAUCAUGCUGUGGGGAGUUUCCCAGCCAGAGCUCGGACUUGAACCCGAUCAAACAUCCCUGGAAAGACCUGAAAAUAGCUGUGCAUUGGCGCUCCCCACCCAACCUGACAGAGCUUGAGAGGAUCUGCAGAGAAGAAUGGGAGAAACUUCCCAAAUACAGGUGUGCCAAGCUUGUAGCGUCAUACCCAAGAAGACUUGAGGCUGUAUGCACUCACUAACUGUAAGUCGUUCAGGAUAAGAGCGUCUGCUAAAUGACUAAAAUAUAAUGUAAAAUGUAUGACAGCCAUUCCAUUCCAGUGUCUGUUGAAUUCCAAUACAGGCACACCUCAUUCUACUGAAUGAGAUACUGAUUAGGUGAUCACCUGAACCAAAUCUUAUUUAACGAGGAAAAGUAUUAAAACCACUGCUGUGGUCAUCACUAUCCUCUUGCAAUAGGACAUGCUGGAUGGCAAAAACAGUGCUAAUAGUACCUCAAAAGUAAUAUUAAUCAAAAAAUAACCAUUGAACAUGCCAAAAGAGUUUAAAAGGAAAGUUUUGAGUGAGGAAAAGAAGGGUUCAAUUCUGGCUUUACUGGCAGAGGGAUACAGUGAGCGUCAGGUUGCUUCCAUCCAUAAAAUGUCAAUGAUGGCGGUUCAUAAGAACUAGUUCAAGCAGCAGACAUUGGGGACAACAAAUUUACAGACCGGCAGAGGGUGCAAAGCUGUCGUCAAGGCAAAGGGUGGCUAUUUAAAGAAUCUCAAAUAUAAAAUAUAUUUUGAUUUGUUUAACACUUUUUUGGUUAUUACAUGAUUGCAUAUGUGUUAUUUCAUAGUUUUGAUGUCUUCACUAUUAUUCUACUAAUAAAUACAACUUUUUACAGGUAGUGUAUAUAUAUAUAUACAGUGGGGAGAACAAGUAUUUGAUACAGUGCCGAUUUUGCAGGUUUUCCUACUUAUAAAGCAUGUAGAGGUCUGUAAUUUGUAUCAUAGGUACACUUCAACUGUGAGAGACGGAAUCUAAAACAAAAAUCCAGAAAAUCACAUUGUAUGAUUUUUAAGUAAUUAAUUUGCAUUUUAUUGCAUGACAUAAGUAUUUGAUACAUCAGAAAAGCAGAACUUAAUAUUUGGAACAGAAACCUUUGUUUGCAAUUACAGAGAUCAUUCGUUUCCUGUAGGUCUUGACCAGGUUUGCACACACUGCAGCAGGGAUUUUGGCCCACUCCUCCAUACAGACCUUCUCCAGAUCCUUCAGGUUUCGGGGCUGUCGCUGGGCAAUACGGACUUUCAGCUCCCUCCAAAGAUGUUCUAUUGGGUUCAGGUCUGGAGACUGGCUAGGCCACUCCAGGACCUUGAGAUGCUUCUUACGGAGCCACUCCUUAGUUGCCCUGGUUGUGUGUUUCGGGUCGUUGUCAUGCUGGAAGACCCAGCCACGACCCAUCUUCAAUGCUCUUACUGAGGGAAGAAGGUUGUUGGCCAAGAUCUCGCGAUACAUGGCCCCAUCCAUCCUCCCCUCAAUAUGGCGCAGUAGUCCUGUCCCCUUUGCAGAAAAGCAUCCCCAAAGAAUGAUGUUUCCACCUCCAUGCUUCACGGUUGGGAUGGUGUUCUUGGGGUUGUACUCAUCCUUCUUCUUCCUCCAAACACGGCGAGUGGAGUUUAGACCAAAAAGCUCUAUUUUUGUCUCAUCAGACCACAUGACCUUCGCCCAUUCCUCCUCUGGAUCAUCCAAAUGGUCAUUGGCAAACUUCAGACGGGCCUGGACAUGCGCUGGCUUGAGCAGGGGGACCUUGCGUGCGCUGCAGGAUUUUAAUCCAUGACGGCGUAGUGUGUUACUAAUGGUUUUCUUUGAGACUGUGUUCCCAGCUCUCUUCAGGUCAUUGACCAGGUCCUGCCGUGUAGUUCUGGGCUGAUCCCUCACCUUCCUCAUGAUCAUUGAUGCCCCACGAGGUGAGAUCUUGCAUGGAGCCCCAGACCGAGGGUGAUUGACCGUCAUUUUCUAAUAAUUGCGCCAACAGUUGUUGCCUUCUCACCAAGCUGCUUGCCUAUUGUCCUGUAGCCCAUCCCAGCCUUGUGCUGGUCUACAAUUUUAUCCCUGAUGUCCUUACACAGCUCUCUGGUCUUGGCCAUUGUGGAGAGGUUGGAGUCUGUUUGACUGAGUGUGUGGACAGGUGUCUUUUAUACAGGUAACGAGUUCAAACAGGUGCAGUUAAUACAGGUCAUGAGUGGAGAACAGGAGGGCUUCUUAAAGAAAAACUAACAGGUCUGUGAGAGCCAGAAUUCUUACUGGUUGGUAGGUGAUCAAAUACUUAUGUCAUGCAAUAAAAUGCAAAUUAAUUACUUAAAAAUCAUACAAUGUGAUUUUCUGGAUUUUUGUUUUAGAUUCCGUCUCCCACAGUCGAAGUGUACAUAUGAUAAAAAUUACAGACCUCUACAUGCUUUGUAAGUAGGAAAACCUGCAAAAUCGGCAGUGUAUCAAAUACUUGUUCUCCCCACUGUAUAAACAAGCUGAAAGAGAUGAUUCUGAAAGUAUGGUUUCACAAUAAUACACUAAUUCAGACAUGGUUACCCAGAUAGCCUGUCUGCUGAGGUCUUUAUAGAGAUGAGUUGUAGGGGUUAAUCAAUGUCCUCAUUGUCUGUGGGCUAAUGUAUAGGGCUUUUAGAAUGGCCUGCCUCUGGCCAGCACUAGGCACAGUGACCUCUCCAUUAUAACGUCUUAAUAGAGGUCCUACUUUACUGUACUUUACUGUAUUUGCGUUGUAUAAGAGAUUCAUAUAGCAAAACAUCAUUGUCUUUGUCCUUAGCUCAUAGGAACAAGGCAAAUGUGUGAUGUAAUCUAAUUUGUGAAUGUGCUGAUACUGAUGAUAUUUGACAGAGCUCUUUUAAAAAAUGGGACAACCUUGAACAAAUGAUGUGAUAUUCAAUGUUACCUGUCCUGUCAUGCUGUACACUAUACACCCAAUGUGACUCCAUAAAGUAACCCUAGUCGGAGAGAGAUUGGCAGGCACUAUCUCAACAGUAAACCUGUUUCUGCAUGGGCUUGAAAGUGAGGUGAAUGGUUCAAGGCGUUUUGCUUAUAGGGCAUAGAGAUCACACACACACUCUCUCUCUCUCUCUCUCUCUCUCUCUCUCUCUCUCUCUCUCUCUCUCUCUCUCUCUCUCUCUCUCUCUCUCUCUCUCUCUCUCACACACAUACAGUUGAAGUCAGAAGUUUACAUACACUUAGGUUGGAGUCAUUAAAACUUGUUUUUCAACCACUCCACACAUUUCUUGUUAACAAACUAUAGUUUUGGCAAGUCGGUUAGGACAUCUACUUUGUGCAUGACACAAGUCAUUUUCCCAACAAUUGUUUACAGAUAGAUUAUUUCACUUAUAAUUCACUUUAUCACAAUUCCAGUGGGUCAGAAGUUUACAUACACUAAGUUGACUGUGCCUUUAAAUAGCUUGGAAAAUUCCAGAAAAUGAUGUCAUGGCUUUAGAAGCUUCUGAUAGGCUAAUUGACAUCAUUUGAGUCAAUUGGAGGUGUACCUGUGGAUGUAUUUCAAGGCCUACCUUCAAACUCAGUGCCUCUUUGCUUGACAUCAUGGGAAAAUCAAAAGAAAUCAGCCAAGACCUCAGAAAUAAAUUGUAGACCUCCACAAGUCUGGUUCAUCCUUGGGAGCAAUUCCCAAACGCCUGAAGGUACCACGUUCAUCUAUACAAACAAUAGUACACAAGUAUAAACACCAUGGGACCACGCAGCCAUCAUACCACUCAGGAAGGAGACGCGUUCUGUCUCCUAGAGAUGAACGUACUUUGGUGCGAAAAGUGCAAAUCAAUCCCAGAACAACAGCAAAGGACCUUGUGAAGAUGCUGGAGGAAACAGGUAUCUAUACAAAAGUAUCUAUAUCCACAGUAAAACGAGUCCUAUAUCGACAUGACCUGAAAGGCCGCUGAGCAAGGAAGAAGUCACUGCUCCAAAACCGCCAUAAAACAGCCAGACUACAGUUUGCAACUGCACAUGGGGACGAAGAUCAUACUUUUUGGAGAAAUGUCCUCUGGUCUGAUUAAACAAAAAUAGAACUGUUUGGCCAUAAUGACCAUCAUUAUGUUUGGAGGAAAAAGAGGGUACUUGCAAGCCGAAGAACACCAUCCCAACCGUAAAGCACGGGAGUGGCAGCAUCAUGCUGUGGGGGUGCUUUGCUGCAGGAGGGACUGGUGCACUUCACAAAAUAGAUGACAUCAUGAGGAAGGAAAAUUAUGUGGAUAUAUUGAAGCAACAUCUCAAGACAUCAGUCAGGAAGUUAAAGCUUGGUCGCAAAUGGUUCUUCCAAAUGGACAAUGACCCCAAGCAUACUUCCAAAGUUGUGGCAAAAUGGCUUAAGGACAACAAAGUCAAGGUAUUGGAGUGGCCAUCACAAAGCCCUGACCUCAAUCCUAUAGAAUAUUUGUGGGCAGAACUGAAAAAGCGUGUGCGAGCAAGGAGGCCUACAAACCUGACUCAGUUACAACAGCUCUGUCAGGAGGAAUGGGCCAAAAUUCACCCAACUUAUUGUGGGAAACUUGUGGAAGGCUACCAGAAACGUUUGACCCUGUCACGCCCUGACUCAGGUGACUCUUAUAUGUUGAGUCAGGGUGUGUAUAUUCUUUGUUGUGUAUGUUCUAUGUUGUUUUUCUAGUAGCUGUAUAUCUAUGUUGGCCGGUGUGGUUCCCAAUCAGAGGCAGCUGUCGCUUAGGCAGCCUAUUGGCACUAGUGUGUCGUGGGAUCUUGUUCCGGUUAAGGUUCGUUGUAUGUAAACCUUAGGAUUUCACGUUUCGUUUCCUUUCUUGUUUUGUCGUGUGUUUAUUCAGUGUAAAUAAACAUGUACGUAUAUCACGCUGCGCCUUGGUCUGACCCGUCAUUAGACGAACGUGACAGACCCAAGUUAAACAAUUUAAAGGCAAUGCUACCAAAUACUAAUUGAGUGUAUGUAAACUUCUGACCAACUGGGAAUGUGAUGAAAUAAAUAAAAGCUGAAAUAAAUCAUUCUCUCUACUAUUAUUCUGACAUUUCACAUUCUUAAAAUAAAGUGGUGAUCCUAACUGACCUAAGACAGGGAAUUUUUACUAGGAUUAAAUGUCAGGAAUUGUGAAAAACUGAGUUUACGUGUAUUUGGCUAAGGUGUAUGUAAACUUCCGACUUCAAAUGUACACUCUCACACACACACACACAUACACACAAAUGUGCACAAACAUAUACACACACACACAGCUCACAGAGGUAGGCCUCUCAACUCUGGCCCAGACUAAUGAGUAGCGGUGGCCUGGUGCUCUUUCCCCAUGCACUCUCCUCUGCUGGUCCAGAUGUCAGGGACACACCCCCAGCAGGCCUAAGAUUUACUUCCUCCUGUCCUGGUCGUAAAUUCCCCCCCAAACACAUAUUCACACCCAACAUGCUAUAGCUAGCUCUCUCUCUCUCUCUCUCUCUCUCUCUCUCUCUCUCUCUCUACCGCUUGUGUCCACUGAAUUAGGCCAUCUAGGGCCAGUGUCCCAGACCUAGAUUAAGCAUAUUCAUGUAGAUUACAUUGUGGUAGGUAGGCCUGCAGGUAGCCUAGCGGUUAGAGCAUUGGGUCAGUAACCAAAAAGUUUCUGGUUCGAACACAUGCGGCACUUAACCCUCAAUCGCUCCAGGUGUGCCGUACUACUAUGCUGACCCAGUAAUACAACACAUUUCACUGCACCAAUCCGGUGUAUGUGACAAUAAAACAUAUUUUAUAUUAUGAUGAUACUGGUGAAGUGGUCUGAUAGGACUCAGAUGUUUGGUAGUGCUACCUGCCUCAGUCAUGUGAAUGAUCCUAUUGUUAUGACUAGACACCAUCUUUAGCCAUCUCUGAUUUGUGUGUGUGUAGUGUUGCGUAUUUUCAGGGAUCUCAUACAGUAUGAAUGUCAUCCUUGAGAGUGUGUGACCUGAGCUGAGAUUGAGUGAGCAGAGAGCAGUAGGAACAGAAACCCUGCAGCGCACCAUGCAUAGUUGACAUGGGUUUCAGGUGAGAGUGAGUCACUGUGUGUUAUUGUUCAGAUGUUGUAUAAUAAGUGCCUCACUGUUUUACGCAGGGCCCCUCGCUAACAAGCAUAAUGGACAGGAAGAAAGAGAGAGGGAAGGAAUGAGAGAAAAGGAGAGAGAGAAAGAGAGAGAGUCAUGGUUGAACAGAGCUCAUCUGCUGGCACAUUUUGGACAUGCAUCACUCUGUGGGGAUGCUAGUUAGGAUUUAGGCAAAAGUAUGUGCAACCAAUACCAACAGUGUGUGUGUGUGUGUGUGUGUGUGUGUGUGUGUGUGUGUGUGUGUGUGUGUGUGUGUGUGUGCGCGCGCUCGUAGUGUCGACUUAAAAGGAUACUUCGGAAUUUUGGCAAUGAGGCCCUUAAUCUACUUCCCCAGAAUCAGAUGAACUCAUGGAUACCAUUUGUAUGUCUCUGUGUCCAGUAUGAAGGAAGUUAGAGGUAGUUGCACAAGCCAAUGCUAACUAGCAUUAGCGCAAUGACUGGAAGUCUACGGUAUCUAGCACAAUGACUAGAAGUCUAUGGGUAUCUGGGUAUCUGCUAGCAUGCUAGCAGAUACCCAUAGACUUCCAGAGACAUACAAAUUGUAUUGAUUAGUUAAUCUAACUCUGGGGAAGUGGAUAAAGGGCCUCAGUGCCAAUAUCCCAAAGUAUCAAUUUAACACAUGUGGUCUGCAUGUUAUUCUGUUGAAUUAUAGGCUAGUCAUUAGUCUUUUACACAAAGUCUUUAGACAGAUUUAAAACCAACUAUGAACAUUAACAUUAACCCAUGCUAACAGGGGUUCUAUCACUGCCAUUGAUCUGCACUCAAAGACACAGUUUAGUCAUUCAGCAGAUGCUCUUAUCCAACAUGACUUACAGGAGCAGCUAUGGUUAAGUGCCUUGUUCAAGGGCACAUCAACAGAUUUUUCACCUAGGCGACCUUUCUAUUACUGGCAUAAUGCUCUUAACCUGCCACCCGACACUAGUGCUAAGCUGUAAACAAACCAAAUGUUGGCUCACUGAAUCGCUGGAUCCAUGGUUGUGAUGAUGUAGUGUGUUUGUGCUCCUGUCUCUAAGCUGUCUCUCUCUAUCUCUCCACAGGGCUCUAUUCACCUACGAUGGGGCCACCAACAACCUCAAACUGACUGACUCUGGAGGUAAAGGGUUUUUCCACCUGUAGUUAGUAACAGAUACGAUUAGCAUUCCAGAAAGAAUAUUUUGGUGUCUAGUGGUCAAAACCUGGUACUUUCACGCUACUUUAUGGUAAAUAGUGCAAGCGACUUCAAUAAACAAAUUCUCUGAACAGGGGGAAAAAAACAUCACCAGAUUCACAGGGAAUACAUUACAUAGAAUGGAGAAGCAAUACUCAAAGCCGCAGCUUCAUACUACUUGUCAAACAUAUAAAACUGAAACUGUAUACUGGUUGUUGGGGUGGGAUUGGCAUGGGUUGUGGGGAGUCCGUGGGUGGCUUACUCAUUGGUAAGAAGAUGUUGGGUACAAUAUUUAUUGAUUAUUAUUUGAAUCCUAUAAAUUAAAAUGGCCAAUUUGGGUGCAAUCAAUUAGCUUAAUUACAUUUCAACAAAAUAAUGUUUCAGGAAUGCCAAUAUUACCUGUUUCUCACUACAGAAUCAAUUUCAGAACAAUCUGAGAUGGUGGGUGUCAUGGCUUGCUGAAAUAACAUGUAACGACUCUAAAGCUAACUGGAUGAUUCUAACUUUCCAUUUCUUCGUUUUUUUGUGACUUUUCCCCCUGGAAAUGAUAAAGAUGGAAAGUUGGUGGUGUUUAUUAAGCUCUCUCCUCUCUCUCUUUCUAUCUCUCUCUCCUCUGUCUGUCCUACAGCAGGUGGAGUGGUGGAGUUGUCAGGGAAGUUCCACAUAGCCAGGCCUCUGUAUGGGCUCUGCAGGGUGGGCUCAGCCGAGACAGGAAGCCCUCGGGUUGCCAUGAUCUGCUGGGUGAGUGUCAUACACUACAACAUGGCCCUCUGAUACAGUCGUAUGGACAUGCCCUACAGUAUGUUACCUGAUAAACUCCAAUGAUCUGAUGCUUGAGGUAGAAGUUGCCCAUAACCACAGAUCUAGGAUCAGAUUCCCUUCCCUCAAUCCUAACAUUAACCAUUAGGAGAAUGGAAAAAAUAUCUGACCCUGUAUCAGAAGUUAUAGGCAAGCUGUUUCAAGCUGUCGUCUUCCACUGGCUCUAGCUACUGUUGGAUGUGUUUUGAUUGGUCCUUUGGUUAAGGGUCAAUGUGUGUGAUGUGUAAGUGAACUUGCGGACUCGGGACGCCAGGCCUAGCUUUUGACUGAUACCAAAUAUUUUGACCGAUGCGCACACACACACACACACACACACACACACACACACACACACACACACACAUAAACACACACACACAAACACACAAACACAAACACACAAACACACACACACACACAAACACAAACAUACACACAAGCAGGGGAGCAGAUGCUUAGAAUGUUCACAAUGUGCUUCGCUGGUCCCGUCUCUAUGGCGACCUUGUGGAAUGUUGUUGUGUGGGUCAGGGGUGCAUCUGUAGCCAGUCAGGCAGCAACACACACACACACACACACACACACACACAAACACACACACACACAAAUCAGAAACUUGUGAAACAUACUGUACCGCAAAUAGAUAUCAGUGUACCUUAAUUAUCUUGUAUAAGAUAUGUAACAUGCUAACAACUGUAGGCUUACUCUAUAACAUUGUCAAAAUACUUCCACAAGGGUGUACAUGCAGUACCUGAUGACAAAAGACUGAAACUAGACUUUCUGAUAGUGAGACAGAGGCUGGAGUAAAAAGAGCUUAACACCCCCUGUGUGUUUCCUGUGUUUGUCUCCAGGUCGGGCCAAACGUGGAUGAGUACCGCAGGACGGAAUGUGCCAGUCAUGUGCCCGCUAUCAAGGCCUUCUUCAAGGUAAAGUACCACACCACUCCUACCCCUGCCAUGCCCUGCCCUGCGUUACCAGUUUGUCUGUUGGUCAUGCAGUCAGUUUGAGUGACCUUAUUGCAGCUGCAGCAUUUGAUAGCAUUCAGGAGUGGCAUAAUAAUAGCUAUCCAUCUCCUACAAUCCUGUGUUGGUACCAUUGUGGAAUGUUGCUCUCCGUGGAUGGCUGUUUUGUUUCUUCACUCUGUUUCUCUAACAAUGAAUAAUGAAUCAACGGACUCCUGUAGUAACUGUCAAGACAAUACAGAGAGUUGGUGAUGCUCGUGUGGGAAGGGUGGAACUCGCCUGACCAGGCCCGAAGGAAUGAAUGGUCAUGUUGUCACACACACAUGAAUGGUCAUGUUGUCACACACACUUAGAUACACACACAUGAAUGGUCAUGUUGUCACACACACUUAGAUACACACACACACACACGCAUCAAACUCGCACCAGCACGUGCAUUAUGUGCACACACAUACAUCAGUAAAUACGCACCAGCAGGCACACACACACACACACACACACACACACACACACACACACACAACUUCUCUCAGUCUCUCACACAUACAAACAUAGAUACACAAACAUGCUCUAUAUUUACACACAGUAGUUUACCUUCCAUUGUUGUAGGUCUUCCUGUCCUCAGUGCACUUCCUACUGCAUGGGUUGGUCUGGUCCAGUGGUGGGCUGGGCCCAUACCCAGGCUGGGGUCCACUCUUCCUGACCCUAUUGUUCCUGGUGCCACUAAGAUGGGAGAUGGGCCACCGACAGGCACAACACAAACAACCACUCACUAAGUGGUGACAGGGCCUCGCAGGAAACAGAGAAAGGAAUGGGGGAAUACAGGGAGGAGAAGGAGGAGGAGGGGAAGAGAGGGAUAAUCUGUGUUUGUGUGUUUGUGUGUUUGGGGGUGUGUGGGUGUGUGCGCAUGUGUGUGUGUGGUGUAUGCGUGUGUGCGUGCGCACAGUGUGUGUUAAGUGGCCAGAUGCUGGCAGCUCUGUCUGCUGUGUCCCUCCAGUGUUUAUUUAACAUUUCCAUCUAACUGCAGAGAAGUUUAUGGAUCGCCCAUUCGGCCUAUAGUCAGACCCCGUUUUAACUCGUUUCCAUAUAAAGGCAUCACCCGGUCAACUCCAGAAGCAUCCCUGGAAUGUUUGAUGUUAGGUUUUUUUGUCUUUUUUUUAACCUCAAUUAAGUAUUUGGCCUGGGAACCUCUGUGACCUCCAGUCUCAGAUAUACAAGACUGUGUGUGUGUGUGUGUGUUUAUUACGUAAUACAAAUGUGUGUGUUUCUAUAUGUAUUCUUGGCCCCCUGGGUUGCACUGUGGGUUAUUCCUUGAUAAAAGACUGAUGGUGACACUGAAGUCGACAGGGUCUGAACCCACAUAUUUGUGUAGGAAUACCCCUCUGAAGUGUGGGAGAAGUAGGAUCCCUAACCAAACACACACACACAUGUAUGCUACAUGCACCCAUGCACACACACACACACACACACACACACACACACACACACACACACACACACACACACACACUCUCACUUCCAGUCAGAUACAAUAUGGCAUUUUCACUGCACUAAUGUCAUAUUACCUUAUUUUUUUUAUCACUUUGGUGCUAUUUUCACAAGUAUGUGGUGAAUUAAUCGUGUAUUGUAUUUUAUAGUAUUGUAUUGUAAUUAUUUAUGUAUUGUAGUGGUCCUGUAUGUGGCUCAGUUCAUAAGAGCAUGGCACUAGUAACACCAGAGAUGUUGGUUUGAUUCCCAUUGGAAACACAUACCAAAAUGUGUGGACUGUUGUCACUUUGGAUAAAAGUGUCUGCUACAUAAAUUGCAUAUAUUACAGUAUUACAGUACUGUAUUGGCCAAUUACAUUUUAGUACAGCAGUGUGAACCCCCACUCAUCAAAAAGACCCCAGCAACUUCAUUUUGGAUACAUGUUUAAUAGGGGGUGCAUUUCUUUCUUGUUUUGGACCUUCUGGAUUAUUUGCUUAUUGGUAUUGUAUUGUAUUGAUAUUCUAUUACUGCACUGUAGGAGCUAGAAACACAAGCAUUUCGCUGCACCUGCUGUAACAUCUGCCAAUCUGUGUACGCGACCAAUACAUUUAGAUUUGAUGUGUUACAUACAGUACAUCUCUAAUCUUGUCAAUAUCAGAUUUUUUAAAAACUUACUGUGAAGUAAAAUCAUGUUAGUCAUCAUCAUAGUAGUGCAUUCGAGGAUAUAUCAUACUUAAUAUGUUUUUACAUUACAAACAUACAUUUUCAUUAUAUAUUCCUCCAAAUCUGUAGUAGACAAAACAGUUUACAUAUAAAAUCUAUAGGUUUACCAAACGUUUAAGUGAUCAUCAAUUAAGAGCUGUCGAAUUAAGUAAUAGUAAAAUGUAUUUUAACAGAAAAUAAUCAUAUCAAAAGUACUGUGAGCAUUGUGAAGGGCAAUUACUUUAUAUGAACAUGUAUUGCAAUGUGAAACAUAUAUAUAUAUAAACUCAGCAAAAAAAAGAAACGUCCCUUUUUCAGGACCCUGUCUUUCAAAGAUAAUUUGUAAAAUUCCAAAUAAUUUCACAGAUCUUCAAUGUAAAGGGUUUAAACACUGUUUCCCAUGCUUGUUCAAUGAACCAUAAACAAUUAAUGAACAUACACCUGUGGAACGGUCGUUAAGACACUAACAGCUUACAGAUGGUAGGCAAUUAAGGUCACAGUUAUGAAAACUUAGGACACUAAAGAGGCCUUUCUACUGACUCUGAAAAACACCAAAAGAAAGAUGCCCAGGGUCCCUGCUCAUCUGCGUGAACGUGCCUUACGCAUGCUGCAAGGAGGCAUGAGGACUGCAGAUGUGGCCAGGGCAAUAAAUUGCAAUGUCUGUACUGUGAGACGCGGACAGCUGAUCGUCCUCGCAGUGGCAGACCACGUGUAACAACACCUGCACAGGAUCGGUACAUCCGAACGUCACACCUGUGGGACAGGUACAGGAUGGCAACAACAACUGCCCGAGUUAUACCAGGAACGCACAAUCCCUCCAUCAGUGCUCAGACUGUCCGCAAUAGGUUCAGAGAGACUGGACUGAGGGCUUGUAGGCCUGUUGUAAUGCAGGUCCUCACCAGACAUCACCGGCAACAACAUCGCCUAUGGGCACAAACCCACCGUCGCUGGACCAGACAGGACUGGCAAAAAGUGCUCUUCACUGACGAGUCAUGGUUUUGUCUCAACAGGGUUGAUGGUCGGAUUCGCGUUUAUCGUCGAAGGAAUGAGCGUUACACCGAGGCCUGUAUUCUGGAGCGGGAUCGAUUUGGAGGUCCGUCAUGGUCUGGGGCGGUGUGUCACAGCAUCAUCGGACUGAGCUUGUUGUCAUUGCAGGCAAUCUCAACGCUGUGCGUUACAGGGAAGACAUCCUCCUCCCUUAUGUGGUACCCUUCCUGCAGGCUCAUCCUGACGUGACCCUCCAGCAUGACAAUGCCACCAGCCAUACUGCUCGUUCUGUGCAUGAUUUCCUGCAAGACAGGAAUGUCAGUGUUCUGCCAUGGCCAGCGAAGAGCCCGGAUCUCAAUCCCAUUGAGCAUGUCUUGGACCUGUUGGAUCGGAGGGUGAGGGCUAUGGCCAUUCCCCCAAUACAUUUCCGGGAACUUGCAGGUGCCUUGGUGGAAGAGUGGGGUAACAUCUCACAGCAAGUGCUGGCAAAUCUGGUGCAGUCCAUGAGGAGGAGAUGCACUGCAGUACUUCAUGCACUUUAGAUUUUGACCACCCCUUUGUUCAGGGACAGAUUAUUCUAUUUCUGUUAGUCACAUGUCUGUGGAACUUGUUCAGUUUAUGUCUCAGUUGUUGAAUCUUGUUAUGUUCAUACAAAUAUUUACACAUGUUAAGUUUGCUGAAAAUAAACGCAGUUGACAGUGAGAGGACGUUUCUUUUUUUGCUGAGUUUAUAUAUAUACAGUGGGGAGAACAAGUAUUUGAUACACUGCCGAUUUUGCAGGUUUUCCUACUUAAAAAGCAUGUAGAGGUCUGUAAGUUUUAUCAUAGGUACACUUCGACUGUGGGAGACGGAAUCUAAAACAAAAAUCCAGAAAAUCACAUUGUAUGAUUUUUAAGUAAUUAAUUUGCAUUUUAUUGCACCCCACAGCACCCCACAGCAUGAUGCUGCCACCCCCAUGCUUCACGGUUGGGAUGGUGUUCUUCGGCUUGCAAGCAACCCCCUUUUUCCUCCAAACAUAACGAUGGUCAUUAUGGCCAAACAGUUCUAUUUUUGUUUCAUCAGACCAGAGGACAUUUCUCCAAAAAGUACGAUCUUUGUCCCCAUGUGCAGUUGCAAACCAUAGUCUGGCUUUUUGAUGGCGGUUUUGGAGCAGUGGCUUCUUCCUUGCUCAGCGGCCUUUCAGGUUAUGUCGAUAUAGGACUUGUUUUACUGUGGAUAUAUAUAUACUUUUGUACCUGUUUCCUCCAGCAUCUUCACAAGGUCCUAUGCUGUUGUUCUGGGAUUGAUUUGCACUUUUCGCACCAAAGUACGUUAAUCUCUAGUAGACAGAACGCGUCUCCUUCCUGAGCGGUAUGACGGCUGCGUGGUCCCAUGGUGUUUAUACUUGCGUACUAUUGUUUGUACAGAUGAACGUGGUACCUUCAGGCGUUUGGAAAUUGCUCCCAAGGAUGAACCAGACUUGUGGAGGUCUACAAUUUCUUUUCUGAGGUCUUGGCUGAUUUAUUUUGAUUUUCCCAUGAUGUCAGGCAAAGAGGCACUGAGUUUGAAGAUAGGCCUUGAAAUACAUCCCAGGUACACCUUCAAUUGACUCAAAUGAUGUGAAUUAGCCUAUCAGAAGCUUCUAAAGACAUGACAUCAUUUUCUGGAAUUUUCCAAGCUGUUUAAAGGCACAGUCAACUUAGUGUAUGUAAACUUCUGACCCACUGGAAUUGUGAUACAGUGAAUUAUAAGUGAAAUAAUCUGUCUGUAAACAAUUGUUGGAAGAAUUACUUGUGUCAUGCACAAAGUAGAUGUCUUAACCGACUUGCCAAAACUAUAGUUUGUUAACAAGAAAUUUGUGGAGUGGUUGAAAAACAAGUUUUAAUGACUCCAACCUAAGUGUAUGUAAACUUCCAACUUCAACUGUAUAUUAUCACUUGAUGAGAGAACAGCUGUGCAGCCUGAGGCAAGGCUACUUUCUCAAAUCAUUACAUUUACAUUUUAGUCAUUUAGCAGACGCUAUUAUCCAGAGCGACUUACAGUUAGUGAGUGCAUACAUUUUCAUACUGGCCCCCCGUGGGAAUCGAACCCACAACCCUGGCAUUGCAAACGUCAUGCUCUACCAACUGAGCUACACGGGGGGCCAAAUCAUCAAUCAUCAAUAGCCUAUAGUCGCACCAUUCAGCCAAAAUACAGUACCAGUCAAACGUUUGGACACACCUACUCAUUCAAGGGUUUUUCAGUAUUUUUACUAUUUUCUACAAUGUGGAAUAAUAGUGAAGACAUCAAAACUAUGAAAUAACACAUGGAAUCAUGUAGUAACCAAAAAAGUGUUAAACAAAUCUAAAUAUAUUUUUUAUUUGAGCUUCUUCAAAUAGCCACCCUUUGCCUUGAUGACAGCUUUUCACACUCUUGGCAUUCUCUCAACCAGCUUCACCUGGAAUGCUUUUCCAACAGUAUUGAAGGAUUUUCCACAUAUGCUGAGCACUUGUUGGCUGCUUUUCCUUCACGCUGCAGUCCGACUCAUCCCAAACCAUGUCAAUUGGGUUGAGGUCGGGGGAUUGUGGAGGCCAGGUCAUCUGAUGCAGCACUCCAUCGCUCUCCUUUUUGGUAAAAUAGCCCUUACACAGCCUGGAGGUGUGUUGGGUCAUUGUCCUGUUGAAAAACAAAUUAUAGUCCCACUAAGCCCAAACCAGAUGGGAUGGUGUAUUGCUGCAGAAUGCUGUGGUAGCCAUGCUGGUUAAGUGUGCCUUGAAUUCUAAAUAAAUCACAGACAGUGUCACCAGCAAAGCACCCCCACACCAUAACACCUCCUCCUCCAUGCUUUACGGUUGGAACUACACAUGCGGAGAUCAUCCAUUCACCCACACCGCGUCUCACAAAGACACGGCGGUUGGAACCAAAAAUCUACAAUUUGGACUCCAGACCAAAGGACAAAUUUCCACUGGUCUAAUGUCCAUUGCUUGUGUUUUUUGGCCCAAGCAGGUCUCUUCUUAUUAUUGGUGUCCUUUAGCAGUGGUUUCUUUGCAGCAAUUCGACCAUGAAGGCCUGAUUCACACAGUCCACUCUGAACAGUUGUUGUUGAGAUUUGUCUGUGACUUGAACUCUGUGAAGCAUUUAUUUGGGCUGCAAUUUCUGAGGCUGGUAACUCUAAUGAAUUUAUACUCUGCAGCAGAGGUAACUCUGGGUCUUCCAUUCCUGUGGCGGUCCUCAUGAGAGCCAGUUUCAUCAAAGCGCUUGAUGGUUUUUGUGACUGCACUUGAAGAAACUUUCAAAGUUCUUGAAAUGUUCCGUAUUGACUGACUUUCAUGUCUUAAAGUAAUGAUGGACUGUCGUUUCUCUUUGCUUAUUUGAGCUGUUCUUGCCAUAAUAUGGACCUGGUCUUUUACCAAAUAGGGCUAUCUUCUGUAUACCCCCCCUACCUUGUCACAACACAACUUAUUGUCAUUAAGAAGGAAAGUAAUUCCACAAAUUAACUUUUAAGAAGGCUACCUCAUGAAGCUGGUUGGUGUAUGUUUUGAUUUCUAAGACAUUCUAAGGUUUGUAUUAUUUACAACUAAAGUUGCCAAAUAACUCUAAAUCUAGCAUAUAGGACCUGUUUCAAAUGAUCACUUUUACGCUCACUCGCUCCAUAAUUGGAAAAAUAUCCUUUCUAUUUUAUUCAGCUAAGUUCAAUUAUACUGAACAAAAAUUUAAAUGCAACAUGCACACCCACUUCGGAGGCAGGCCCACCCACUGGGGAGCCAGGCCCAGCCAAUCUGAAUGAGUUUUUCCCCACAAAAGGGCUUUAUUACAGACAGUAAUACUCCUCAGUUUCAUCAGAAGUCUCGAUGGCUGGUUUUAGACAAUCCCGCAGGUGAAGAAGCUGGAUGUGGAGGUUCUGGGCUGGCAUGGUUACACGUGGUCUGCAAUUGUGAGGCUGGUUGGACAUACUGCCAAAUUCUCUAUGACGAGGUUGGAGGCGGUUUAUGGUAGAGAAAUUAACAUUAAAUUCUCUAGCAACAGCUCUGGUGGACAUUCCUGUAGUCAGCAUACCAAUUGCAUUGUGUUGUGUGACGAAACUGCACAUUUUAGAGUGGCCUUUUAUUGUCCCCAGAAAAAGGUGCACCUGUGUAAUGAUCAUGCUAUUUAAUCAGCUUCUUGAUAUGCCACACCUGUCAGGUGAAUGGAUUAUCUUGGCAAUGGAGAAAUGCUCACUAACAGGGAUGUAAACAAAUUUGUGCACAACAUUUUAGAGAAAUAAGCUUUUUGUGCGUAUGGAACAUUUCUGGGAUCUUUUAUUUCAGCUCAUGGGACCAACACUUUAUAUGUUGAGUUUAUAUUUUUGUCCAGUAUAUAUUCUUCUUACUAUAAAAUCAUAUAAAAUAAAAUAAUGGCAUGGGUUUAGAAGCAUAUCUUGUCAGCUAAAUGAACAAGCCUACAGCCUAUGGCAUGGAACAUAGCCAGAUAGGCCAACUCAUAUUUUCUUCAUAUCAUAAUGUUUAUUUAGACUGACUAAAAUAAAUAAUGAAUUUAUUGUGAUGGUGUAUAUUAAAUUGAUGUAUUAUACUUUUUGAAAUGUAGAUGUUCCAAAGGCGCACAUCAGUGGCUUGUAUGUGUAGAGAACUGGAGAUGCUAAACGUGUUUUUGUUAAUUGGCGGUACAUUUCCGCGAGACUGGCAGACUUUUGCAUGACAAUAACCAUCUGACAAAAUGUCAUGACCGCCACAUACACCAUAUACAGUGAGGGAAAAAAAGUAUUUGAUCCCCUGCUGAUUUUGUACAUUUGCCCACUGACAAAGACAUGAUCAGUCUAUAAUUUUAAUGGUAGGUUUAUUUGAACAGUGAGAGACAGAAUAACAACAAAACAAUCCAGAAAUACGCAUUGUCAAAAAUGUUAUAAAUUGAUUUUGUAUUUUAAUGAGGGAAAUAAGUAUUUGACCCAUCUGCAAAACAUGACUUAGUACUUGGUGGCAAAACCCUUUUGGCAAUCACAGAGGUCAGACGUUUCUUGUAGUUGGCCACCAGGUUUGCACACAUCUCAGGAGGGAUUUUGUCCCACUCUUCUUUGCAGAUCUUCUCCAAGUCAUUAAGGUUUUGAGGCUGACGUUUGGCAACUCAAACCUUCAGCUCCCUCCACAGAUUUUCUAUGGGAUUAAGGUCUGGAGACUGGCUAGGCCACUCCAGGACCUUAAUGUGCUUCUUCUUGAGCCACUCCUUUAAUGCCUUGGCCGUGUGUUUUGGGUCAUUGUCAUGCUGGAAUACCCAUCCACAACCCAUUUUCAAUGCCCUGGCUGAGGGAAGGAGGUUCUCACCCAAGAUUUGACGGUACAUGGCUCCGUCCAUCGUCCCUUUGAUGCGGUGAAGUUGUCCUGUCCCCUUAGCAGAAACCCCCCCCCAAAGCAUAAUGUUUCCACCUCCAUGUUUGACGGUGGGGAUGGUGUUCUUGGGGUCAUAGGCAGCAUUCCUCCUCCUCCAAACACGGCGAAUUGAGUUGAUGCCAAAGAGCUCGAUUUUGGUCUCAUCUGACCACAACACUUUCACCCAGUUCUCCUCUGAAUCAUUCAGAUGUUCAUUGGCAAACUUCAGACGGGCCUGUAUUUGUGUUUCUUAAGCAGGGGGACCUUGCGUGCGCUGUAGGAUUUCAGUCCUUCGCGGCGUAGUGUGUUACCAAUUGUUUUCUUGGUGACUAUGGUCCCAGCUGCCUUGAGAUCAUUGACAAGAUCCUCCUGUUUAGUUCUGGGCUGAUUCCUCACCGUUCUCAUGAUCAUUGCAACUCCAUGAGGUGAGAUCUUGCAUGGAGCCCCAGGCAGAGGGAGAUUGACAUUUCUUUUGUGUUUCUUCCAUUUGCGAAUAAUCGCACCAACUGUUGUCACCUUCUCACCAAGCUGCUUGGCGAUGGUCUUGUAGCCCAUUCCAGCCUUGUGUAGGUCUACAAUCUUGUCCCUGACAUCCUUGGAGAGUUCUUUGGUCUUGGCCAUGGUGGAGAGUUUGGAAUCUGAUUGAUUGAUUGCUUCUGUGGACAGGUGUCUUUUAUACAGGUAACAAACUGAGAUCAGGAGCAAUCCCUUUAAGAGUGUGCUCCUAAUCUCAACUCGUUACCUGUAUAAAAGACACCUGGGAGCCAGAAAUCUUUCUGAUUGAGAGGGGGUCAAAUACUUAUUUCCCUCAUUAAAAUGCAAAUCAAUUUAUAACAUUUUUGACAAGCGUUUUUCUGGAUUUUGUUGUUGUUAAUCUGUCUCUCACUGUUCAAAUAAACCUACCAUUAAAAUUAUAGAGUGAUCAUUUCUUUGUCAGUGGGCAAACGUACCAAAUCAGCAGGGGAUCAAAUCCUUUUUUCCCUCACUGUAGGUGCAGUGAAAUGUGUUGUUUUACAGGGUCAGUCAUAGUAGUACAGCACCCCUGGAGCACAAUAGGGUUAAGUGCCUUGCUCAAGGGCGUAUUGACAGAUUUUGCACCUUGUCGGCUCAGGUAUUCAAUCCUGUAACCUUCCAGUUACUGGCCCAAUGCUCUAAAUGCUAGGCUACCUGCCACCCGAAUAGAUGAAACACUGAUUAGGUUUGGUAAAAAAAAAGUGACUGUAUGAUUUUGUGUGUUGUUCUUAGUCAAUUGAAAAUGUGCUUAGAGUUUUGAACCAACUGCCUUUUUGAUGAUCAUCUUUUGAGUUUUGUACUAAGAGUUUUGAAAAUGGACCACAUACUUGUGAAAAUUGCACCAAAGCGAUAAAAAAAAUACGAACGCAUCUGUGUAGCAUUACAGCCCAUCACAUUGCAGUCCUGCUGUACUCUAGAUUUGAUUACCCCAUUCUGGCAGACUUUCCACCUCUCACUGACGCUACAUAUUUGUCAACCUAUUCUCUCUAUCACCUUUGUAGGGUCUCUAAAACCACACGAGACGUGUGUCAUACAGUGUUACUGCGUUAUUUGAUAAGUACAAAACUCACAUAACCUCCUGCUUUGGUGAGUUAGGCCUCGUUCUGAAGCGAGUCUUAUUUCUGGUGUAGCGCCCCCGUGUGGUGGAAAUGGCAGUCAACAUGCAUAGACACUGCAACACCUCCAGCAAGCCUGAUCCUGCUCUGUGAUGAAGCUUAAUAAUAAUCCUAGUGUCGAUGAAGGAUUAAUGAUUGAGUGAGUAAUGGGAACUCGGUUAUUGUUUGUUGUCCAAAAACCUCUGAAUGAAUAGUCAGGAUUAGAACAUUGGGAUGUGCUUCGACAGAGUCAGAAUGCCCCAUGGCACCUCUUAUAUUCUCUGUUCUUUCUCUCUUUCUCUCUUUCUCUCUUUCUACCUCUGCAAGUCUCAGCUAGUAACAGAGGGCUGUGUGAGAGGGUGAAUCACCAGCAUCGUCAGGAUGUGUAUCAUGAUAUGAAACAAUAUUAUUGUAUCAGUUGGUGAUGCCGAAGCUAAGCGUGGGAGUCUUUUGCAAAUUGGCUCAUUGUUGCUCCACGACAGUAAUUGAUUAGUAUUGAGAAGGAAGUCUGCAUCGUGGACUGUGUACAUUCUAUCAUGUGGAACAGACCAGUAGGCCUUGGGCCAGUAACCGAAAGGUAGCUGGUUAAAAUCCACGAGCCGACUAGGUGACAAAUCUGUCGAUGUGCCCUUGAGCAAGGCACUUAACCCUAAUUGGGGGCGGGGGGAUUCAGGAGAAGAUGAGAAUGAAGAGACAGGAGGAGGAAAGUAUAGGCGAGGUUGGAGGGGAGGAGUAAGAAUGGAAGAAUAUAAGAAGUCUAUGAAAGAGGAGAGGACAGGGAAAAGAGGGGAGGAGGAGUAGCAGUUGUGUAUGUAGGGUUAAUGAGCAUGCUGUUAGCCGUGUUAGACAGUAUUAGGGAGAGGCCUAUCAUCUGAAACAUAAUGACAGACAGGUAGGAGAGGCAGAGGAGAUCAUUUACACCCUCUUCACCACCACAACUCCCUCCAUCCUCCCCUUCCUUCCUCUCUCAGUGGCACCUCCCACUGUGUGCGCGUGUGUGUUUGUGUGAUUUACACACUAGGUUAGAGUUGGGGCUGGGCCUGUGAGGGUGUUUCAUAGGAAACACACAGUACAGUACCUGCAGGUCUGAUGUCACUGUGCCAGGACUGUAGGCCUGAAGGAAACCACAAGAUUACUCUGUCAGAGACUCAGACAGCCUGCUCUACAUAGUGGGAUCUCUCUAUUUCUCAACACACACACACAGACCCGGGCGCAAACACACACACAUGUGUACCCACGUACACACACAUAGGCCUAUCUGAAGUGUAUCAGUCCAGUGACAGUUUAGCAGUGGAACACAGUGUACUGUUCCGUGGUCAUUUGUCAUUGUUGAAAUCUCUACAUCCUAUCUGCUCUCUCCGCUCUCCCCUCACCUCAUUUAACUUUCCUAAUUCUCCCAAACCUCCCCCCUACACACUCUUUCCUGUUUCUAGCCCCCUCUCUUCCUUCUCCCCCUCUCUGUCUAUCUCUUCCAAACCGAUAGAUUCCUUCCUGUCUUCUCUAGUGUACGCCAGAUACUCGUUUUGUUCUCUGUCCGUCCUCAUCACAAGCUGUUACACAACUGUAUAGCUUAGCUACAGCCCAAAGGCCACAGCCAAGAGGAAACCACUGAGGGGAAAGCUUUCAAAGAACUACUUUCAGACAGAGAGUGUGUGUGUGUGUGUGCGUCUGUGUGUGUGUGUACCUGUGUGUGUGCCUGUGUACCUGUGUGUGUGUGUGUGUGUGUGUGUGUGUGUGUGUGUGUGUGUGUGUGUGUGUGUGUGUGUGUGUGUGUGUGUGUGUGUGUGUGUGUGUGUGUGUGUGUGUGUGUGUGUGUGUGUGUGUGUGUGUGUGUGUGUGUGUGUGUGUGUGUGUGUGUGUGUUUGUGCAUCUGUGCACAUAUGUAUUCGGGGGGUCAGUGGGUACAUGAAAAAGGAGGGAAAAUAUCCCCUUCUCUUUCCCUCGUUUGGAAUGCCGUGGCAGAAUUGUAUUGGAGUUUGAAGUUUCACACGUUUGAUACUGUAGAUCAUAGCAGCCAAUAAAAAUGUCAUUCUUGUUCCCAAAAGUUCUGGAAAGGAUCAAGUGACAUCAUGUGUCUGUGGCAAAGUUGUGGUGUGCAGGCCAAGAAUUCACCAAUUUACUGGAUAACUGAAGUCCUUCCUUGGAAUAUUAACCUAAAAUACUGAAAGGAUGUUCAGGACCUCAGCUUGAGUCCCUUCAAUAAUCUUUAAUGCUGACAUGCUUUGCAGCAAGUGUCAGGGCACUGUGUGACAAAGAUUAACGGCAACCAACCUGUCACAACCUUACAGACUUGACAUCAGCAGUCUGUGCAGCAGGUUCCUAUUGUAGUUCACCUCUCUCUCUCUCCUCUCUCUCUCUCUCUCCCCUCUCUCCUCUCUCCUCAUCUCUCUCAUCUCAUCUCUCUCUAUCUCUCUCUCUCUCUCUCUCUCUCUCUCGCUCUCUCUCUCGCUCUCAGGAGGCUCAUGUGUUUAUCAGUGCUGAGAGUACGGAGGAUGUCACAGAGGAGAAGAUAGGCGCUGAGCUCAGUAAAGUCCACCCCCAGAGUGAACAAGUCAGAAGAAGCAGUCGGUACAAGGACAAGGAGGAGACAGUGGUGAGUGCUUCUCCUGCAAUACCAUCUCUGUCCAUAGGAGGGGGCGCUAACACCUGGACAAAACCCAGAACUGUGCUUUUACAUGGAGGAGGGUCCCAUACAUUCAGAUUCUCUCAGUUUUAAUCUAUAUUAUGCAUUGUACUUACUAUAUACUUACUGUAUGUUUUGACAUUUUUUCAUACUUUAUCAAUUAUGAGGUAAAAACAACCAAGGCUUUUGCAAAUAGCAUAAGUUACAAACUGUGUUUUGUAUAUGUACAUACGGUGUUGUUCUCCAUUCACACUCUCUUUCCUCUGCAUCUUCCUAUCUCUGUUGAUAGGGCACUAACUACAGGAAGACUAAUGCUGCCAUGGAGAUGAGACGGGCCAACAGAGACUCCUUCUGGGCACGUGCAGAGGUAGCCUACACAGAAACAAAGUCACAGUUACCCUCUUAGUUUUCUAGUAAUUAAUCAACAGGAGAAAAGUAGUUUUCAUCUUUAAUGUUCACAUCACUUCACAUCUUUAAUGUUCACAUUAUCAACUGUAAUAAGUCUUCAUCUAUUGUGUUCCAUCUCUCUCUCUCUCUCUCUCUCUCUCUCUCUCUCUCUCUCUCUCUCUCUCUCAGCGUGAGGAGGAAGAGAGGAAGGAGGAAGAGAGGAAGAGAGCAGCAGAGGACAGACGGCGUUUGGAGAAAGAGAGAGUGCUGAAGGAACGGAAAGAGGCCGACGAGAGGGAGAGGAAAAUGAACGAGAAACUACAGAUGAUCGAAGAGCAGAGGUCAGGACGUUGGGCACACACGCACACACACACACACACACACACACACACACACACACACACACACACACACACACACUGACUCAAGAUUUACUGACACAAUCCCUAUUCUCUUGUGUCCAUAUCAGGUAUUUUAAUGGGUUGUCAAAGUAAAGGCUACUUAAGGCUAAUAUCCCAUAAGGUUUCUGACAUCUCUGUAUCUAUGUAUCUCUCAGGAGAAUGCAGGCCCAGCUGGAGGCAGAAGUGAGGAAGCAGGAGAAAUCAAGAUGGGUGAGAGAAAGAACGAAUGAGUGAGGAAGUUAUUGGGCGACAGAACUCUAGGUGUUUCUGACUUCUGAACUCUGUGUUUACGUGUAUCUUUACUCUGAACUCUGUGUCUGUGUGUGUCUGAACUCUGAACUCUGACCUCUCUGUUGGUGUGUGACAGGAGCUGCAGCAGAGAGAGCAUGAGGAGGACAUGAGAGCUCGCUUGAGACGCAGCGAGUCCAUCGAGAAAGCAGCAGUGAGUGUCUGUCUUACUGACCUCUCUAAUCCAAACAAACUCCCUUCCUACUCUUCCCUAAACACCUCAGUUCCUUAGCUCUUGUUCUUGUCAUACGGUGUAUCCCAGUGCUCUGAAGUGGCUUCCUGUCCUUCAUCUGCACUGAUCUGAAAACACAGGAUAGGUCAAAGGAAUAUGGCCUAUCAUUGGAACUUGUCCACUUCUUUCACACCAGUGCAGAUGAAGGAAAGGAAAGGAGGAGAGGAAGGAGGAGAGGAGAGGAGACAGCUUUAGACUAUUGAGACCUGGCUGUAGUUUCCUUUACAUUCAGUAAAACAUAGUGUGGUAUGAUUCCUCUUCCUACCUUUAGGAGGCAGCAGUGCUGGUGUCACAGCGCUCCAUGAACCCCAGAGAGUUCUUCAGACAGCUGUCGUCAUCAUCGUCCCAAAGCCCAUCCAGCCCCGGCUCCCCCCGUACAGGUAAAUUCACAGUGUAUCUGUGUGUCUGUGUCUGUUUGUUAAUAAGCAUUGGCAAACCAAGGUGUGGCUCUACGCAGUGUGUGAUUAUGAAGCCAGUCAGUCAAUUGUAAAUGGACCUAAACAACCAUUAUCUGUCUUGUUGCAGUGUAUUUCUUAAUGUUGGUCUUUCUUCCCUCCCUCUCUCUCUUCACAAAGGCAAACCUCCAUUAAGGCGGUACCAGCGCAGCCUGACCGACACAGCAUUCAUCUUUGGGAAAUGGGACGGUCCAACCCCGACCUCCCCCCGCAGUCCAACAUUGGUUUCACCCUUCUCCCGCGUCCCAUCCUCCCCCUUCCACCGCACCAUGUCUCCACCCAGCACCAGCUUCCGCCCAAUCACCUCUCCCCAGAGCCACCGCGCCCCCCUGGUGUCCCCUCCCACAUCGCCCCUCCACUCCGCCCAUGCUGUCUCAGCCCUGCCUACCCUCCCAUCAACCAGCCCCCAGUCUCAGCCCCCAACCCAGCCCUCUGCCCCCCCAGCCUCUCCAAGCCUCCUAGCCACCCUGUCCCUCACCUCCCCAGAGAACCAGCACCAGGCUCAGGUCCUGGCCCCAUCUCCCCCAGAUACCCCUCCCCUGUCCCAGCCUGAGUGCUCCCCCUCUCCACUAGUCUCCCUGGAGCCUACCCCAGCACCACAACCUCCCACUGUCCCCCUGCCAGAGAGUCCACUGCAGCCAACAGGUAGGUCCUCAUCAUACGCACAGCCUACUGUAGAAUGACCAAUGGUGUCUGUCAUGCCGUUAUAGAUUGUGUUCUCAGUUUGGCAUGGCUGUACUUAAAACCACAAUGGUUCAUUAUCCAUCCAGAGCAGUACACAGCCGUACAAGCCGUACUGGUGGAGGAAGAGGAAGAUGAGGAAGAACAGGCAGAGCCUGAGCCCAGUGUUGAGAAUACAGAGCCAAGCCUAAACAUGGAGGAGGGAGAGGAGGGCUCAGCACAGGAUUCAGACUCUUUAUCAGUGCAGGAGCCUGAGGCAGAGGAACAAGAGGACCAAUCAGACUACAGCCAGGCCUCUGCUAAACCAGUUCUGGUUGCGCUUUCAGAAGAGGAGGAGGAGCCAGCUGUCACAGGUAGAGUACUUUGUUUUGUAUCUUGUACAGGCCUGUCCUAUUAUUAUUUUUUUUUUAAUGAAAAAGGUAAAAUACAACAAUUAAAAGAGAAGAAGAGUGAGGAGUUUUAUGUAAUAAGACGGUUGUGGAAAUGGUGUCUGACACAACUAACACAAUCUAACCAAUGGUUUGUUAUGUUUCAGAUGCAGAGGUUAUUCUUCAGCCAAUCACACAAGAGGUUGUGGUCCCAUCCACCAAUGGGGUGCGAGACGAGGAGGAGUUGGUGGAACACAAUGGUACAGGUAUGAAACCCCACUCACCCAUUUAGUUAUCUCUACGCUAGCCUACAUUGCCCAAGUUGCUCUCAAACUGAAUGAACCUUUAUAUUGAUGAGAUAAUGUAAAAUAGACAUACCGGUACGCUAUGUUGCAAUUCCCUAUCCUUUUCCAGAAAUCCUCUUCCUCAUGGAUUUUUAAGAUCAUGAAGGGGAUUGAAAUAGUACACACUUGCUUGUUUAGGAACGAGAAUCCAACCCCUCUCAUGGUUCCUCUUUUCCAGAACGAUCCAUGAGUCCACCUGAAAGGGACCAAGGUACUCCAGAGUUGGCUGUUUGUUUCGAUGAUGAAGUUGAGGAGGACUUUGUUGAAGAGAAUGAGGACCAGGAGAUUUCAGAGAAUGGAAAAGAGGUACGGAAUGUAACACAACCCACAAAGGAAUAUGUCCCCUGUCCCCUCCUAUGCCAUCAUAUUUAUUACUGGGCUUCAAAUCUAGUCCAGGAACAGGAUUGAAGAAUGACUAAUUGAAUAUGAAUGCCAUGUCGAUGAGAACCAAGAGAGGGCUCUACAAUUGGAAAAAUGACAUUUUCCUCAGACAGGGGCCAUUUGUGAACGUUUUUCUCUCUGUUACUUUCAGAUUUCACCAGACAGACAGAUGUGUGUUCGAGCUCUCUAUGACUACCAAGCAGGUCAGUAACUCAUACCGUGGACCACAAACACACACACACACAAACACACACACACAGACACACCACACACACACCUAUCCGCUCUAUGAUGCUCUCUGAGUGUUAAACCUCGCUUUCUCUUUUUUCACAGAGGACGAAUCAGAGAUCUCCUUUGAGCCAGGUGACAUCAUAAGUGCUGUGGAAACGGUGGACAAGGCCUGGUGGCGGGGCUUCAGUAAAGAUGGACGCCUGGGACUCUUCCCAGCCAAUUACGUGGAGACCAUCUAGACACACACACACCACACAGACACACACACACUCAGGGACUGAACACUCAUUCCCCUACAGUGAAACCACCAUAGGCUACAUACAUACAGUAGACCCCUUAACUUCAAUAGACACAUUGGACAACUUCCAUUGGAUUCCAUGCGAUAAUUUGAUCCCCUUCCAACUUGGCUAUGUUGUUGGGGAAGCCAGUGUCUCCUGUUCUAACCACUUGCAGACUCCUAGCUGGCAGAAACACACAGUUGUGAACUACCAAGAUCCCCCCUUCCUUCACUCCACCUGAGGGAGGACUGGGAACGAGAGGGACCUCCAGAUGGGAUGUCUGCAGGCUCAAUGACUCCCUCUUAUUAAAACCUACUAUUUGGAUGAUUGUUGUUACUAUUAGCAUACUGUCUGUGUGGAUGUGUUAUUUCCUUGGUACAUUUAACAGUGUUUUCCAUGUUACUGAACUGAAAAGUAAGGGACCGUUUUUCUUGUUUCUGUAUUGGUGUUGUUUUAUGUGUGCAUAAUCUGUGUUUUAUCUACACCUUUUUUUAAAUCCAAGCAGCAUGGUAUUCCUACAUCUGAUACUAAUUGAUAGCAUUGUGCUAAUUUCACCGUAAAUGAAAAAUGCUACUUGUAAAUCAAACUGUCUCUUUGAAGUGAGAGCUUUUUAAAGUCAUUAAGUCUUAAUACACUUCUCUUGUAUAUAAGAAUGUAUAGUGACAUGCAUUUGGUUUAUUUUGCUUUGUCAUUCUACAAGUGUGUAUGCGUUGUAUUCCCUGCAUUUACUCCACAUUUACAAAUAGUAGCCUAUACCAUUUACAUACUCAUAAUACUCUUAAACUCCAUCUUAUAUAUAUAUUACAGGUCUCAUUUGUUUUUGUUCCUAUAUUAAAAGACAAAUACUAUUUUAAAGGUAUAUUUCUUUAUUUAUGAAAACAGCAUAGAAAGCAUGAAACAUGAAGCAGAAGGUAACUUUACAUAAUGCUAUCAUAUCAUUUUUUUCAACAACCAACAGAAAAACACUACUACAAGUUACUUUGUAAUCACAGAAACCUAGAAGUGAUUUUGGAACAAGAAUUCUAAUUUCAUUGAAUAGAACUGAAUAAAACCAUCCAUAUGUAUUUUUCCCCAUAAUAAUCUGCUUUGUACCAUUUUUUUACGUAAAAAACUUGCACAUCUUCAUGAGAAAUUAUGCAUUUUUUACAUUCUGAGAAAUAUAAUGGGUAUAUACAUAUAAAUCAUUUAGCAGAGUUGUCU